AUGAAGAAGCAGCGUGUAGCCAAAUUGGCGCAUCAAGUGAUCAGCAAAAGGUAAGUAUGGAAACUGGGUCUGCGACGUUCCAGUUUCUAUUAAAGUCUGCACUUUAAGGAAAUUUUGACUUUAUUCAAUGCAUUUUUAAUCUGACUGGCCUUUUUGGUAGGAUUAGUCAGACAUGCAAUGGUUUAGGUUAAGUCUAUAAUGGCACACAAUGAGCAAACACCAGCUCAAGAACCUACCAAAUGGCAAACUAUUUGAGUUGUUCUCUGUUCUCAGUAUUCUCUUGCACCCAGUUUUGAUAUGUAGAGUGUUUUCCACCAAGACGUGCACCCAGGUCUAUAUCUUUGUGCAAUCAAGUCUCAUAUUACUGACUUGUUUUGCAGGUCCUUUUAUUACACAAUUUAGUCUCUUUAACUGGAGGAACUCUUGUGCAUUCAGUGCAUUCACACGAGGGUUACAUGUUUGCUUUUUGAGUGGGAAUUACCAUUUAUGAUAUUGUAGACAUGUCCCCUGCCAAUCCACUCACUCUGGUCCCAAUUUCAUACAUCCCUAAUAGGAGACAUGCAAAGUGUGCUACAAACACAUUGACCAUUUGGCUGUAAUAACACAUGCAGUCCUGACUUUUUUUUUUUUUUUGUGAAUACAAAGCUGAAUUUCUAAAACUACAGGGUUCGCUCUGACUCCCUCCCCAGCAAUCAAUUGGUUAAAAACCUUAAAACACUUAACUGAUUCCAGCACCGAGGACCAUCAGUGCUGGUUCAUCUCCACCUCCUUCGAUGUCAGCUCAAUGGGGAACCUAAAGUGUGAGGACGUCCAGAGUGUGAAACUGCAGGAAGCUCCUCUAGUAGAUAUCUGGUAGAUAUCCACUAGAAGCAUUAAGUCUGGAUCCAAAGGACUGGUGUAAGAAGUAAGAGCCUCUAUACAGACAAUGACUGAAAAGAGAUAUCCUGCCCCACAAAUAGAAUGAGCACAGAAACAGGAUGGAGAACAAGGAAAGAAGCUUUGAAAGGAAUAGUUACCAAAGACAAGUGCUUGAGAGUGAUUUACCAUGUAUAAUAUAUAAUAUAACAUAUACCACUUGUAGCUUACUAAUAGUUCAUAAACAAUACACUUUAUUAAUUAAAGGAUUUAUGAAAUAUUAAUUUAUUUUUUGAUACUGGACACCACACUUCUGGCAGGUUACUAAGGCAACAAACUGUGGAAAAGGAAGUGAGUCAAAUAAGGCAUCUUAGAAUCGUAGAAACAUCAUUCGGCUAACUAUGGAGAAUGCUUAAGCGGAAGCUGUGCACAAUUUAUUUCAAAACAGUUUUAAUACCAAUUACAGGCUAAACUUGGCUAAUCCUUACACUUGACAAAUUUGGUUUACAGCCUUCCUGCCAUUAUUCUGAAUAUUAUUAUGGCAGUAUGCCCACGAGCUUUGAAAGCAAAAUGAAAGCAAAGCAGUGACUAAAUGACGUAACUGGUAAGAUUCAAGAGUACAUUUUAGCUAAGUACAAAAUCUACCAAAGUGGUUUGAUAAAUUGUAUCAGAUAAAAAUAUUGAUGCUAUGACCUGCUAUGAAAAUAACUUUGAGACAAGAUGGAUUAAAUUAAAGGCAGUUAUAACUAUAAUGCACAUAAGAGGUUCUUAUAGUACUUUGUAAGCCAUCUAUGUUUUACUAAUUCUUAAAAGGGACACUGUAGUCACCAGAACAAUUACAAUUGUUGUUCUGGUGAGUAUAGUUAGUCCCUGCAGGCUGUUUGUUGUAAAAUUGUCUUUUCAUAGAAGCACUGCUGCAGUGACAUUUAGCAUCUCUGCACUUUGCAUGGAGACACUGAACUUUUCCCAUAGUGAUGCAAUGGAUUCAGUGAAUCUCUGUUUGGGAGAUGCUGACUGGCCUGGGCAGUGUUUGUCUCUGCCCCCAGCCCGCCUCCUCAAAAUUGACAAUCUCAGCCAAUCCAAUGACAGCAUUGUGAUUGGCUGAGGUCAUCACUUCUAAUUAUGUCAGCCAAGGAGUUAGAUCAAGGGUGGAGCCAGCGCCGGCAGACUGGAAUAAAGGUAAGAUAUUACUCUAUUUAGGGGGACAAGUGGGGCAAGGGAGGCUACAAAUUGUUUUUAACACUAUAGGGUCAGGAAUACAUGUGUCCCCUUUAGAUAAUGUCAUGAAGGGGAGAGGCACAGUCAUUUUUACCUAAAGUGCAGUCAUGCAAAGGGUUGAGAAACCUGAUGCAAAAGUCUAACAGAAGACUUUUCAAGUUGCCAUUUUCUAAUUUGAUACACACACUGCCACACAUGUAGAUGCACAGAUAAAAACACUGACGCACAUGCAGAUGCACAGGCACAGGUACAAGCACUGACACACAUGCAGAUACACAGAUGCAAACACUGACACACAUCUAGAUACACAUACACACAGAUACAAACACUGCCACACAUGCAAAUACACAGACAGAUACAAACACUGAUGUUAAACUGCAUGACAAUUUUUAUCCUACAAUAAUUUUUGGCUUCUCAGGCAAAUAUGCAUUUUGCAACCCUCUCCCUCCCACCCCCCCAAAAAAACGCUUGUUCACAUGUGUGUUUCUUAAACCCCCUUUUGACUUUCUAAACCCCUUUUGUGUUCAACUGAUCUGUUGAAUGUCUUACCCCUUUUUGUGUAUCUUGCCCAUCCUCCAUGUGUCUCAUUCUCCCCCUAACUCCUCCAUGUGCCUCAUUCUCCCCCCAGCCCCUCCAUGUGUCCCAUUCUCCCCCCAUAGACCCUCACCCUCCAUGUGUCUCACCCAUUCUCACCCCCUGGAAUCUCCGUAUGUCCUGUUCUGCCCCCCAUGUGUUCUAUUCUGCCUCUCCCUGUGUUCUGUUCUGCCCCCAUGUGUCCUGUUCUGCCCCUCAGCCCCUCCAUGUGUUCUGUCUCUGCCCCCUCAGCCCCUUCCAUGUAUCCUGCUCCUGCCCCCAUCCUCCCUCUAUGUGUUCUGUUCUGCCCCCUGCCACUUCAUGUUUACUGUUCUGCUCCCAGCCCCUCCAUGUGUCCUGUUCUGCCCCAGCCCCUAAAAGUGUCCUGUUAUGCCCCUCCAUGUGUUUAAUCCCCGUCCCCACACCUCCUGUGCCCUGCUUACCUGGAUGCCGAGCCCCUCCAUGUGUCUCAUUCUAUGUGAUAACACCCGCUCAUCCAUGUACAGUGUGUGUAUAGGAGUGUAGUGUUUGUAUAGGAGGCUCUAUUAAACUAAUAUUAUUAUUUUUUUUAAAUGAAAAAACAAAUAUUCAUUCCCCCUUUCCUGUUGUGGCUUUGCAGGGAGGGUGGCAUGCUGAUCUCUAGUUGUCCAGUGUGCUGGGAAUCUCUUCUGCGCCUCUGCAUCCAUGUGUGUGAUAUUUGUUUUGGGUGUAUUACGGCCCGGACUGGCCAUCGGGCACACCGGGAAAAUGCCCGGUGGGCCACGGUGGCCAUGGGCCGAGGCCGACAGGGGAGAUCACAGCGCUAUCUGAGCGCCGGCCCAGCUGCAUUCCAUGACUGGCCAGUGGGGAGAUCAAAGAUCUCCCUCACCGGCCCACACGUAAUGUAUUGCGGCCGCCGGCGUGGGAGAGAGGGAGGGAGACAGGAGAGAAACCCGGAGGAGCUCUAUCUUGCAGCUCCGCCGGGUUCCUCUCGCGAGAUUCGGAGCGUUGCCAGCACUCUCACUCACACACUCACACACACAAACACACACAGCACCCCUGAUACUCACAGCACCCUCACUCAUACAUAUACUGCACCCCUGGCACUCACAGCAUCCUCACUCACACACACUGCACCCCUAACACUCAAGCACCCUCACUCACACACACACACACUGCACCCCUGACACUCACAGCACCCUCACACAUACACACUGCAUCCCUGACACUCACAGCACCCUCACUCACACGCACACACUGCACUCCUCUUGCAGACACACAUCACUAACACAAACAGCACCCUCACACACACACAUACUGCACCCCUGGCACUCACAGCAUCCUCACUCACACACACUGCACCCCUGACACUCACAGCACCUUCACUCACACACACUGCACCCCUGACACUCACAGCACCCUCACACAUACACACUGCAUCCCUGAAACUCACAGCACCCUCACUCACACGCACACACUUCACUCCUCUUGCAGACACACAUCACUCUAACACAAACAGCACCCUCACACACACACAGUGUACCCCUGACACUCACAGCACCCUCAUUCACACACACACACUGCACCCUCACACACAGCUUCCUCACACGCACAUAGCACCCUCACACAAAUACAGCACCCAUCACUCACACACAGUACACACACCCUGCACCCCUCACAUACACAGCACCUUCACACACACACACUACAACCCUCACACACACACUACACUCCUCACACACACUGCACCCCUCUUACAUACACACUACACCCCUUACACACACACACACACACAUCACCCUCACACACACACUGCACAAUACUCUUUCCUGGCAUUUUUAGUUUCCGGGUAUCCCAUCUAUGGAGACACCAGAGACAAAUUUCAAGCAAACACAGUGCAGGCAUGUAAAUAAAGUUGCUUGUGCUGUGCAGAACAAAUACAGGGUCUUUUUCUCAUGAACCAACAUGCUCACUUUGUGAUGGGGCGUGCUUGUCAUUGGUGAUGACCAAACACACGCUAUCUGACCCCGCCCGCUUUUUAGUGGGCCGCUGUAAUAAAAAAUGCCCCGGCCGAAUUUUCUUUCCAGUCCGGCCCUGGGUGUUUUGACUGUGUGUGAUAUUUGUUAUGGGUAUAUUACCGUGUGUGAAAUAUGUUUGUAUUGACUGUAAGUGUUAUUCAAUUUUGUUUUUUUUAAAGGCAUGUAGGCAAAUGUGUGAAUGCAGGUGUAUAUUUUUGCAGUGUCACAUGCACAAAGUCACACACGCAGUCCCAAGCAGGCUGUCUCACACAGUUAUAGGCAGUCGCACACACACAUACAAAGUUACAGGCACAGAGUCAUACACACACUGUUACAGGCAGAAAGUCAUACACGCACACCGUUACAGGUAGUAAGUCACUGACACACACAAUUACAGCGAGACAGUCACAUAUACAUUUAAAGGCAGACAGUCAAACACAUAGACAGUAUAAAUCAGGAAGUCACAUACACACAGUCACAGACAGGCAGUCACGCAAAGUCACAGGCAGGUAGACACACACACAGUCAAAGACAGGCAGUCACAGACACAGUUACAGGCAGACACAUACAUUCAAACACAGUCACAGGCAGUCACACACACAGUCACAGGCAGGCAGUCACACACACACACAGUUACAGACAGACAGUCACACAAACACACAGUUACAUACAGUCACAGACAAACACACUCACACACAGAGUUACAGACAGACAGUCACACACAGUUAUAGACAGACACACAUUUACAGACAGUCACACUCACACACAGUUAGAGACAGACACUCACACACACAUUUACGGACAGUCAUACGCACACACAAUUAACUUUUUCCAUUAUGGGCUGGAGGGGGAGGAGUGGGGCAAUGCAGUGUAGUAGUUGGGGAACCAGGGAUCCUUCCGGCUUCUCUUCAGUCUGCAGCAGUAAGGGCAGCAGGUUCAGGUGGCAUUUAACAAUGCCCCCACUGCCCAUUUAGCUCCGCUUCUUGUUUAGCUCUGCCUCACCUCCCGCUUAGCUCUGCCCCAUCUCUCUGACUUUGGGCUGGCUUUACAAAUUCAGCAUUGCCUGCCCCUGUGUCGACUGCCCAGCGCCCCUAUUGCCAGGGCGUCCUGUGCGGCUGCACAACUCACUCACGUAGUUGGUAAGCAGCGGGUCCCAACUGCUCAGUCCGCCCUUUAAAGAGCAAGUACAAAAAGCCAGGGGGACGAGCAGCCCCCCUUUACCUGCCCUAUGGAUGCCCAAAGAGGAUAUGUGAUCAGAAAUACUGUUCAUUUCAUUCUAUAGAUAUUAAUUGAAUCAAUUGACUACACACAGAAAUAAAUAAACAGUAUAAAAGCAUAGUAACUAACCCACAGAUAAUUUCAUUAAAAUGUAACCAUUGUUUUUUUCUCUUAUUCUUCUUGGGCUAUAAUCUGUUUUUGUUUGUUAUUCGCAACCAUAUAUCUGGCAUAUAAACAUGGACAUGUAUUUAUCUUUUCAUCUGAAAAAUGUUCAAUAAAAACUUUAAAGGAUCACUGUAGGGUCACGAACACAAACAUGUAUUCCUGACCCUAUAGUGCUAACACCACCAUUUAGGUGGCUUGCCCCUUCUUAGCCCCCCUAUAAAAGUUUAAAACUUUUAAAUGGCAGAUUUUUAGCCAAUCCAAUGCUUUCCUUUACCGUUUUGGCUCUUUUCAAUCAAUGCAUCUCUAUGAGGAAAAUUCAGCUUCUCCACGCAGGACGUGGGGAUGCUGAACGGCAGGGCUGCCUACUGUGCAGCCCCGAGCCAGGAAGCCCCUCCAGUGGCUAUCUAUGGAGUGACCACUUGGAGGUGUCCCUAGGGGCAAUGUAAACACAGCCUUUUCUCUGAAAAGGCAGUGUUUACAUGAAAAUGUCUGAAGGGAGCUAUUAUACUCACCAGAACAACUACAUUAAGCUUAAUGUAGUUGUUCUGGUGAGUAUAGUGUCCCUUUGAAGGGACACUAUAGUCACCAGAACAUUUACAGCUUAUUGUAUUUGGUGGCUAUUAGAGGUGCUUCCUGGGGCAGUGCUGCAUAGUGUGCAGUACUGUCAUUCAAUGUCUAUGCCCACGGGGGGCGGGGCCGGGCCGCCGAGCCGACUGGACGCCAUAUGCACGGGCUCCAGCUCUAGGCUCGUGAGAAGGGCUCAAAAAGCCAACUUUGACCGCUGCAAUGCUGGAGCCGUCGCUACCGCUGCAUGGAGAGGGUUACCAGCUUCAGCCCGAUACCACGCAGGAAGCACAACACGCACCAGGUGAGCUGAAACGUCCACCCGCGGCCCACAAGCCGGACCUCGUGCACCCGCGAUGUGCAGCCAGACACCGCGGAGAGGCACUCUACGGGGACAGGAGAAGCCGCAUAAACUAAACCUCUGGUCGUGAGGUGAUACCCCGGCUCGGGGCACGGCCCCGCUCCCCCCCCCCGAGCCGGUGGGGGUUAUCCCGGCAUCAUGGCGGCGCGCAUGGCGGCGGGUGCUCCCAUGCUCGGCCUAUGCCGCCCGCCUACACUAGCAAUGGCUGCAAGAAAAAACAGCCGGCUAGCAGAUAUGGACACUGCCAGGAACGCACCCAAAUAAAGAAGGAAGGAACGCAUGCAACCAUUUAAUGGGGCACUACAGCCCACACAAAGCCCCAAUUUGGAAAGCUGCCGAGGAGGAUCCUACUUAAAAAUACUACUGCCGUUAAUCUGGUAGGAGAAAGACCACCUGCAUUCAUAUGGAACUGCUCCAACACAGCUCCACACACCCAGAGGUAAAAUUUAAUAAAGGGGACCGGCAAGGACGGCUCAUGCAGGCCCAGGCGAUACUGAGCGCUAGGCGGGGCCUACACACCGCCAACACGCCGACCGGAGCAGUGAGUACCCCAGUCUCUGGGUAUGGGGGUCCCCGGAGAACCAUGUCCCAGAUGCCGUGAGCCCUGUGGGGCGGGAGUGCGCUGCCCUGCCGGCAGACCGGUGGCCAGGGGGGCUAGGUACCAGCCUUAAGAGUGAGGCCGGCACUGGGAGGGACAUGGGAGUGCUUGCUCCAUAGGGAACAACGAGGUGCUGGGGAGGUGCAGGGGGCGGGAGAGUCACGGACUUUGGUGGUGGGGUCCAGUGGAUAAUCUCUGCUCCUGAGUGCCCACGGCGCCGAGGAGGACCCGUCCGGUGGGCGGGGGGCGAGGUGGGGUGAACGGACGGCGGCUCGUUUACCUGAGGACUGCACCGUAGCUGAGACAUGUUGAGCCUCCCUCGGACUGCCACACAGCCUCCUCUCAAGUUCCAGCCAACCUUGCCUCUAUAUUGUUACGGUCCUUAUUACUGAUGUUGUUUGCCUAUAUACUUUAUUACAUAAAAUGCAUGACCAGCUACAGUUUAUAUUAGAUUGACGCAUUAUAGGAGGUUACUAAAUCCAUUUGGUUUCUCCUAUACAGAGCUCCUGCUUCAGAUGCUCCGAUAAUUAUUAGGGCCCUUAGUAUUUUAAUUAAUUUUUUUUUUUUUUUAAGUAUACGCCGGUUCAAGUUUGACGCACACCUUAGCCCUAUGCAGACUGGAACCAUAACGUACCGCACAUCAAUGCCCCAGCGCAAAUCGUACACCUACAUACUUAGACUAUAUCUUACUACACAUAUUAGUAUCCAGUGCACUGGCCGCAGAUUAACUUAAAAUUACUGCACUACUGAGAUACUGCGACAUAAUGCGCUAGGUUCCCUGAUGGUGCAACGCUCUAAGAGUCUAAGAAAGUUGUAAUAACAAGGCUUAUCUAUACAUUGUGACGGCAGCAGGCUUACUUGAAUGCUAACCCUUCACGCACAUUACCCUCAAAACAUCGCGCCUUAAUACCCAUUACCUACAGCACAUCCCUGAAAUCUGUAAAAACCAAACUAUAGCAUAUCAUAUGCUGCAUUAAAUUCAAUGCCUGUAACACGUUCACAGGGUCGCAUAUACUGGCAAAUAGAAUCACAGGAUCAUUAAGCCCCGCUAACACCAACAGCUAUGAGGCGCAAGGCCAGCGUAUAGCCAAGUUACUUGCUGACACAUGUAGACACCAGAUUACAUAUAGGCUUCAUAUGAUGAUGGUGAACCUAUAGAGUUAUAAGACUUAGCCUGGUACAGUCAUAAAUGUAAUUACAGAAGGUUAAUGCCUGCUGAUAAUAAUUCUGAUGAAAAUAAUAAGCCUCUGUGUAGGCAACUGUAAGCUUCUCAUCAUUGUCGAACUGUGCCUGACUUGUUUUAUGCUUAAAAUAAAAAUGAUUUAAAACAAUGUCUAUGCCCACUGCAUGCAGACACUAAACUUUUCUCAUAGGGAUGCAUUGAUUCAAUUCAUCUCUAUGAGGAUAUGCUGAUUUGCCAGGACUAUGUUUGACUUAUGCUGGCUCUGCCCUUGAUCUGCCACCUUGAUAGUCUCAGCCAACCCUAUAGGGAAGCAUUGUGAUUAGCUCAGACUACCACUUCUAAUUAUGUCAGCAGACAGCAUGCAGAUCAGGGGCAGAGGCAGUAGCUGCAGACUUCAAUACAAGUAAGAUUUUAGUAUAUAUAGGGAGGGAAGGAGAGGCUGGGGUGGGGGGCGCUAGAUGGUGGUUUUACCACUAUAGGGUCAGGAAUACAUGUUUGUGUUCUUAAACAUAUAGUGUUCCUUUAAUUACAAAAACAAUGUGGACAUUGUGUCACACUUUAUCGUAUAUGACUAUUAGGGACACUCCAGAACACUAAAGCAUUUUAACUUGAUGUUCAUUGGGGGAUACUGCCUGUCUACUCUAACUCAAAUUAUAAAAGUACCAGUUUCAAGAGAAAUCCCUGUUAUAAAUUCUUGUAGUUACACCUCCCCAGGGUCAAGUAGAUAGUUGAGAGUUUCAUGCCUCACUCGCGUUGUACUAUAGUUCAAAGUUUAAAUUAAUAGAUUUCAUUACUCUGAACAGAUUCAGGAAAAUUACAAUUUUAUAUAUGUUGUAGACAAAUAAUAAUUUCAGUUAAAAAGACUAGGCAAAUAGUUAUUUUAGCUUUAAAACACCAUUUUUAAAAGCCUUUUGCCUACCUAGUUUCCUGCAAAAAAGUUUUGCACAUUUCUUACGUUUUUUUUACCUUCAGAUUUGAAAUCCAUUUGCCUAUGAAAGGCACUCGGACAGCCUAGGAAAUUGGCACCUUCUCACCAAUAGUUGCUUUGAAACCCUGUAAAUGGCCCCUGCUCAUCAAUAAACACCCAGACAUCCUUGGAAAGUGCUUGUCAAUAACCAUCCAGGAACACCUAAAGGAAGGUGUCCCCUGCUUGCCAAUAAAUGCCCCAGGUACCUGAAAGUGGUCCAGCUCUCCAAUAGUUAAGUUCUUGCUAAUAGACACCUAGGCUCUAAAGAAACAUAGCCCUUCUCACUAAUACACACCAAGGUACCCCAGUAAAGUUGCCCCGGUUUGCCUGUAGGUGCCUGGGCACCCCAGAAAAGUGGCACUUAGUUGAUAAUAGCCACAUAGGAUCCUUCAAGGAAAGUGGCUCCACUCACCAGUGACACCCCUGCUCAUUAAUUAGCUCUCAGACACCCAAGGAAAUGGGCACUGCUUAUCACCCAGUAGGUCUUCACCACCCUGUGGACUCUGGUAUUUCCUCAAGGCUUGUUGUUUUACCUAUUUUAUUAUUUUUUACUAACUGCUAUGAAAUUAGUAGACGUGCAAUUCUUUUCGUUUGGAAUGUAUAUUCGGACGAAUUUCGUGCAAUUCGGACAUUCGGACGCUUACGAAUAUCUGAAGUUAGAAUUGCCGAAUUUCUGAAGUGCCGAAGUUCCUAACUGCCGAAGUUCAGAAUUGCCAAAGUUCCAAAGUGGGUUAGGGCUAGGGUUUAUGGGUUAGGGGUAGUGGUAGGGUUAGGGUCAGAAUUACCAAAGUUCUGAAUUGCCGAAGUCCGGAAUUUUGGAAGUGCCGAACCGAACCGAAUGCCAUUGGUCCAAGUUGCCGAAGUAGACAAUUUUUUUUACUUACCCGAAUUUCUGAACUGAAUCAAACCUAAUUUUUUGCCCAUGCACAUCCCUAGAAAUUAGUCAUAACUUCACAUCCUUAUCUGGCACAUAAUUUUUUUUGCUUUUGAUUUAAAAAGCCUACUAAAUUAAAAUCAAUUUUAAUAGAAUAACUUAUAGGUUAUUGGUCACAUCAUCUAAAAUUUACCUGCAAACAGGGCUGUAAAAACCAUCAGAGUAAGAGGUCCUUUAAAAGUAUAUACGUAAUUUAUUAUACAUAUAGGUGAAUGUCAUCAUCCACUGCAUUUACAUGUAUAUAUUUAGGGAGAAAAGGAUGAUCCACUGCUUCCUCCCUCAAUAAUACUCUGUUUUUACACUGGCUGUGCCCACUUGCAAUAGCCAGGUGACAGCUGUCAUUUCGUUAUCUUACCUCAGACAGCAGGUUCAGUAACUGACGAGUGGUCCAUAGUGCUUUCCACAAACUCUCCCCUAACCCAAAUCAGAUAAAGUUAAUGUAUUGUUAUGAAUUGUUAUGAGUUAGCCGUACAGCAAAGUUCAGCAAACAAAUGUCACAUUAAAUAAUUACAUUAAACAAUAUAGGUAGCAUUCAAUCAAAAUCCAAAAGUAAACAUUUUCCUUGGAGGACAUCGUGUAAAUGAAUAUUCCGGUACAGACAAAAGGUCAGUGACUUCCAUAGUUCAAUCAGUAUCCUCUUAAACAAGAUAAAAGGUUAUCCAAGACUACUUAAGCUUUAGAUCUGUGGGCUAGGAUGACACAGGAACUAAUGUCAAGUCAGGGAUGUAACUGAAUAGUUGGUACAUAUUAUUGAGAUUUACAGCUGAACUUAAUUGAGAAUGUAGAUCAGUUAAAUUGGCUUUGGUUCCUGAGUAAUCUGAAUGACAGAUGUCACAAAAACACCAACAAGGAUUACAUAGUUACAUAGUUACAUAGCUGAAAAGAGACUUGCGUCCAUCAAGUUCAGCCUUCCUCACAUAUGUUUUUUGCUGUUGAUCCAAAAGAAGGCAAAAAAAAACAGUUUGAAGCACAAUUUCACAACGAGCUAGGAAAAAAAAUCCUUCUUGACGCCAGAAUGGCAGUCAGAUUUAUCCUUGGAUCAAGCAGUUAUUAUCCUAUAUUGAAAGAUUAUAUCCUUGAAUAUUCUGUUUUUGCAAGUAUGCAUCUAAUAGCUGUUUGAACAUCUGUAUGGACACUGAUAAAACCACUUCUUCAGGCAGAGAAUUCCAUAUCCUGAUUGUUCUUACAGUAAAAAAACCUUUCCUUUGCCUUAGACGAAAUCUUCUUUCUUCUAGCCUCGUGUCCUAUGUAAAGUCCAGUUUGUGAAUAGAUUUCCACACAAUGGUUUGUAUUGGCCCCGAAUAUAUUUGUAUAAUGUUAUCAUAUCCCCUCUCAGGCGACGUUUUUCUAAACUAAAUAGGUUUAAAUUUGUUAACCUUUCUUCAUAGCUGAUAUGCCGCUUUGAUUUUUUGCUGAUAACAUGUUCUUCUCAAGGAAUUCUUGAAUAUUAUCCCUUAAUAACCUUUCAAAUAUUUUACCAGCCACAGAAGUUAAGCUCACAGGUCUAUAAUUUCCAGGCAAGGAUUUUGAACCCUUUUUGAAUAUAGGAACCACAUCUGCCUUCCUCCAAUCCUCCGGAACACUUCAUGAAAGAAAAGAAUCUUGAAAGAUUAAAAACAGAGAUUCACUUAUUUCUACACUUAGUUCCUUAAGUACACGUGGAUGGAUACCGUCAGUUUUUAGUAGCAAUCAUUUGCACAUCUGUUGCCAUGGGUUCUUCCUUAAUAUAUACGGAGGAGAAAUAGUUUAUUUAACAUUCCUGCCUUUUCCUGGUAUUCAUUAACUAACACCCCAGUUUCAGUUUUUACUGUACCCACACUUUCAUUUUUGGGAUUUUUAGAAUUUAUGUACUUAAAAAAUGCUUUGGGGUUGGUUUUGCUCUCUUUAGCUAUUAUUUUUUCAUUUUGAAGUUUAGCAAGUCUAAUUGCAUUUUUGCACGCAUUAUUUGCUUCCUUAUAUCUUUUAUAAGAUGCAUCUGAUUUGUCCGAUUUAAAUGCUUUAAAUGCCCUUUUCUUAUUUUUAAUCUCUUGUUUUACUUCUCUACUAAACCACAUCGGUUUUAAUUUAUUUCUUUUAUAUUUAUUUCCCAAUGGUACAUACUGAGAAAUGUACCUUUCUAAUAUUUGUUGGAAGAUGAUCCAUUUAUCCUCAGUGUUCUUUUCACUAAAGAGUUUAUGCCAGUCAAUAUAUUGUAAAGCUUACCUUAACUUAUUGAAAUUGGCCUUUUUAAAAUUAUAUGUUUUAGUAUACCCUAUGUGCUUUUGUUUUUUUAAGUUUAUUUCAAAGGACACUAUAUUGCUCACCUACUUGAAUGUUGGUCAAAAGAUCAACGUUGUUUGUUAAAACCAGGUCCAGACAAGCGUCCAUUCUAGUUGGUGCUUGUACAAGUUGUGAUAUGAAGGUGUCAUUUAACAAGUUUAAAAACCUAAUUCCCUUUGCUGAGCUACUAGUCCCUCUGUCCCAAUUUAUUUCCAGGUAAUUAAAAUCUCCAAUAAUUAAAGUGUUACCCAGAUUUGCAGCUUUCUCAAUUUGCUCAAACAGCUGUUGUUCCUCGUCAAUAUUAACAUUAGGUGGUUUAUAACAUAUCCCAACCAAUAGUUGGUUUCCCUUCUUUUCACCCAAGCAGAUAUUUACCCAUAAAGCUUCCACAUUUUCCUCAUCGCAUUCCAUUUGCUUAAGAUUUGCCUUUAAAUCAUGGUUGACAUACAAACAUACCCCAACACCCUUCUUGUUUUUCCUAUCCUUCCUAAAUAACAUGUACCCAUUUAAGUUAACUGCCCAGUCAUGUGUCUCAUCCCACCAUGUUUCAGUUAGGCCUAUUAUAUCAUAUUGUUUAGUGUAUGCCAAUGCCUCUAGUUCCCCCAUUUUGUUAUUUAGGCUCCUUGCAUUAGUAAGCAUACAUUUAAUAUUAUGCGUCACUUGUAUAUUUUGUGAAUUAUCAACAUUACAUAGCUUCUCUGUUCUGAGCUUACCCCUCCCCCCGUCUCCACCCCCCUUAUACUGUACUAAAGCCCAUCUCCUUUCUGUCCUAUAUCCAUUUUGUAGAUUGCUAUGACUCUCCCCCCUCCUACUAGUUUAAAAUCUCCUCCAAACUUCUAGCCAUCCUAUCCUCCAGCACUGCAGACCCUCUCCCGUUUAGGUGCAAUCCAUCACUACUAUAAAGGCUGUACCCAAUCGCAAAGUCGGCCCAGUGCUCUAAAAAACCCAAAACCCUCCUUCAUGCACCAAGACUUAAGCCACGCAUUGACCUCUCUAAUCUCCUGCUGUCUUUCCACUGUAGCGCAUGGCACAGGUAAUAUCUCAGAGAAUACCACCUUGGAGGUCCUUUUCUUAAGUUUGCUAACUUAUUCCCUGAAAUCAUUAUUUAGGACCUUCCAUCUUCCUCUUACUUUGUCAUUGGUACCAACAUGGACCAUGAUCUUUGAGUCAUCCCCAGCCCCUCCCAAUAAUCCAUCCACUCUGUCAGCAACAUGCCGGACCCGAGCACCCGGGAGACAGCAAACUGUCCGGUUGAGCCGAUCAGAGCGGCAGAUUGCCCUAUCUGCUCUCCUAAUGAUAGAGUCCCCUACCACCACAACCUGUCUUGGCUUCCUUACAUUUUUAUCCCCACCCGUACUAGGGGGGCUGUUAGCUCGGCUGUUAGAAGUAAUAGCUUCCUCUACAGCUACUACUGAGCUGAUGCUCCCAACAUCUUCCCUCAAACGGGCAAAUCUGCUAGGUUGCACCAAAUCAGGACUAGCUAGCCCUUUCCUCUUCCCUCCCCCGCACUUCCUCACCCCACAGACACCCUGUUACAUGCCUGUUCCCCAUCUGUCUUAUCUCCUCUCUCUCCACUACCUGUCCCCACUAAACUCUGCUCAGUGAGCAGCAGACUCCUCUCAAGAUUGUCAAUCUCCCUCAAAGUUGCGAUUUGCUUCUCGAGAUCUCCAAUAUGAGCUUCCAGAGAAGCCACUCGCACACAUCCAUCACAGAGUUAUGGACCCUGGACGGGUACAUCCAGGCAUCCAUACAUGCAACAAGAUGUGCAUUGACUCAAACCAGCAAUCUUGCUAACACUCAUUUCCCCAGAUACAGAACAAUAAAACAAUUACCUUGUUACGUUAAACCCCUUGCUUGUUUCAACUCCUGGUUUUCUAACUCCUACUUGAAAGAGUCUGCUUUCAAGUAAUGUGAGCAAGCUCAGUGAGUUACGGGUGUGCCUUUAUAGGGAUACAAAUCCCACACAGGUGCAAUUAAUGAACACUCCCCCAAUCAAUCAAGCAGCAGCACAAAAGAGGGGGGGAAACCAGAACACAGAAAAAAAAAUUUUUCAAAACAAAACUUUUUUUUUUCUUUUUUAAACUUUACCAAUUUUACAGAUUAAACAAAAAUAAAAUACAAACCACUCUCCACAGUAUACAAACCACUCCAAGCAAUUCCUGGUUUUCUAACUCUUACUUGAAAGAGUCUACUUAAUAAUUCAAUUCCCAGUAUGACCAGCUUGAACUUGCCAUGAAGAAUCCCUUUUGUGUCACUUUUUUAGGUUUAGAUCUAGAAUCCUAGUUUAUAUUUUCUUGUGCACAUUGUUUAUUUUGUGUCCGGCCAGCUUUCAUGUUUUUUCUUGAGUGAACAGAAUAAUUUCUCGAGUGAACAGAAUGACUGUGAAACUGAUUAACAGGUGAGUAUGUCAGUAGUUUAAUUAUUGUGACAUACCCAUGACUUAUUUGUAGCCAAAGAAGCAUAACAGUGAAACAUGGCCUUUUGAUAGCUCCAAAUCAGACAAGUACAUGCAUGGCCGAAUUUACCCUCCCUGAUGCACCAAGGCCAGAUCCCUCAUACAUUUAUAUAUAUAUAUAUAUAUAUAUAUAUAUAUACAGGCAGGGGUGCACUCACAGGUCUUUGAAAAAAACGACAACUAGGUUAUUACUAAUAACCUAGUUGUAAUUUUUUUCAAAGACCUGUGAGUGCACCCCUGCCUGUAUAAAUAUAUAUUUAUAACGAGGGUAGCACCUAGACAAUUUUGCUUUUCCUUUUUUUAGUAAGGAGAAUGCCAAGCUGCUUUGGAUUUUACAUAUAUAUAUAUAUAUAUAUCGUCCUGCCGUCUUGAUUUAGUUCCCUUGUGUCCUGGAAGCUAGGGGCACCAGGGAACUGUCCCCAACAAGCACAGCGCAAGUGUAUCAUUAGAAGCAUUUGUGCUAUAUUCAUGGCACUAGGAAACAGUGCACACUGUAGGAUCUUCCCUCAGUGGAACAGCCUAAAUAAUGGACAGAUGACCUGGUGUGCAUUCACGCCAGGCUGACCUCCCAUUAAUUUAUGUGGAUCUGCUUUCAAGAUAGCCCUGCCCCCUUUGGGGUGGAGCCAGUGACACAAUCAUAUUACUGGACCUCUCUCUUUAACCCCUCCCAGUUAGCCUGCCCUAUACAUUGUGAGUAUAUUUUAUUAUAUUUUAUAUACCAGCAUUAUUUUACUGAGAGCACUAUUGCUGUUUUAUUAUCUUCUCCCUGAGCUCCUGUUACCAUCUUAAAGAAUUAUUUUAAAGAACACUCACCAUACAUCCCAGAGGCGGGGAUCAUACCGCUGCAUGCCUACUAUACUAGAGCUAGUAUAAGCUCUAUUAAAUGUGAGUGUAUCUAUUAUAUUUUAAUACUUUUUAUCCACUUUUGGAACAUACUGCACCAUCACUGUUUUUCGUUUUAUCUUCCACCUGGUUGCCUGUCACUACACUGAAGAGGAAGCUCACCGUAUAUCCUACAAGCGGGGAUAUUACCGCUGCAAGCUAUUCAUACCAGAGCUGGAUUAAGCUCUACAAAAAGUGAGUAUUAUCUCUUGUUUUUUUUUUGGAUACCUUUCGGAUCACUCUUUACCAUCUCAUUAUCCAUCGUCCUCCUCCAUAUAUCAGUAAGGAACAAAAUUCUACAACUUCAGAGACCAACAUAAGACCAAAGUUUUAUUACACUGAACUCUAUUUCAAUACCUUAACCAGGACUUUUUUAUUUUGUUUAUUGGCGCAGUCCAAUCCUUCUGAUUGAUACUGACAUAUAUACAUAUAUACUGUGGCAGGGUCAGAGAGGCUUUUUAUGUUAGUAAUAGAUUGGAGCGCUCUCUAUUCCCAGCAUGAUGGGGUUAAUUGGUGGGAGUCACCCCUUGAAUGUUAUCAACCAGGUGAAUGUAAUUAACCAGCACUAGGGUUUUAAAAGGUUAGCCUCUGAAGACAUGGAGGGGAUCUAACAGCUGCGAGAGAGGAGGCAGUUAAGCCUGAGACUCUGAGAAAAAGGUACUGUGUGAAACCUGCUUAAAGUGCUGUAUUUCAUUUUAUUUAAAAUUGGGAACCAGAUUAGCUGGCCAGUUGAAUAGUUAGUAAUACUGUUUAGUAAGUCUCCAAGUUGAAGUAGGAUUUAUUUUCUUUUUGUUUUAUUUUUGUGGGAGACCACAACCUUGUAUAUAUUGUGGAAAGUGACAAUAAACUGCAGUACUAUUUUAUCCUGACUGUUACAGUUGAAGUUUAUUGCGAAGAGCCUGGCCAUCCUGCCACAAUACAUACAUUCAUAUAUACAUCCAUGCAUACUGACAUACAUUGAUACUUGCAUACAUACUGACAGACAUAUACAGACAUCCAUAUACACACAGACAUACGUUCAUAAUGACAUGCAGACAUACAUUGAUACUGACAUAUAUACAUACAUAACAUACAUGCAUGCAUUCAUACACACACACACACACACACACACACACACACCUCAUUUUCCAGCCACCCUCCUGUUUCUAACCUUUUCUUUGCAGUAGGGUGGCUGGGGCUGAUAGGAGUCGGCUGGCUCUGCCUCGCCGCCGGGUGCGCGCUCCUCCCGCGUGGAGUGAGCUGGGAGGAAGUGACCAUUUCCUCCCAGCAGCACUUGCUGCAUUUUUUGUAUGUUUGUUUGUUUUAAAAGGGGCCCAGUCACACUAUACCACGGCCACAGUGCUGACCGGGCCCCUGAAGAUAUACGGCCCAUCGGGUGGCCCUAAGUGUGUGGGCCACCCGAUAGGCCCCAUCAGCGUGUGGGCCCCGGUGCAACUACACGUAGGGCACGGGCGGCCGAGCCCAUGACAUCCGUCAUGGUUGUCCCCGAUGAUGGCGUCUCUGCUCACAGACAUACACACACUGUCACUUACACACUCACACUGACAUAUAUACAAAGUGUCACUUACACAUUUUCUCUAAAACACUUUCACUGACAUACAGUCUCACUUACACAUACUCACUAACAUACAUUCUCACUGACAUACCCAGUGUCACUUACACAUUCUCACUAACACAUACAUUCUACCUGACAUACACAGUGCCGCUUACACACUCACUAAGAUACACACACUCUCACUGACCUACAGUGUCACUUACACACUCUCAAACAAACACACUCUCACUGACAUACACAGUGUCACUUACGCACUCUCACUGGCAUACAUACCGCGGUCGCAGGGGUCGCAGCUGCGACCUGAUCCAGCCCACCAGGGGGGCCCGGCCACCCUGCAACCCAGGUAUGUAUGCCAGUGCGACCAUGGCUGUAUUUUGCCACUUCAGGGCCCCCCGAGGCUGGCAGUGGCGUCACUUGGCGGGCGAGUACACGAGGGAGCAUUCUACCCUAAGCUUUCUCUGCCCAGCUCCCUUGCAUGCAUUGCAGUGAUGCCGGAGCCGGAAUAUGUCACUCCAGCAUCAGUAAGUGGCGUGCGAGUGAGCUGAACAGGAGGAUCAGUGCGACCUCGUCGCCUGCAGUGACCGGCCACCCAGCAGCCCCACUGGACCCCAGGGAAAGCUGGAAUCACCUCAGCACUCCCAAAGGUAGGGAGGCCUGGGGGAUUAAAUUUAAAAAAAGUGUGUGUCAGUGUGUGUGUGUGGGUGUGUUACUGUGUGUCUGUUACUGAGUGUUAGUUGUGUGUUAGUUUGUGUGUUAGUGAGUCUGUUUGGUGUCUGUAAGUGAGUGUGUCUGUUAGCUAGUGUCUGUAAGUGUAUGCGUCUGUUCGUGAGUGUGUGUAUGCCUGUCUGUUAGUGUGUGUUUGUUAGUGAGAGUGUAUGUAUUUGUCAGUGAGUGUGUAUGUGGGUCUGUCACUAUGAGUGUGUAUGUGUGUCUGUAUGUAUGUGUAUCUCUUGGUCUGCAUGGGUAUCUGUUUGUCUGUAUAUGUAUCUGAAUGUUUGUCAUUAAAGGACCACUAUAGCCAGGAAAACAGCUGCAGGGUUAAAACUAAAGGGACAGGGCACCCAGACCACUACAUUGAGCUGAAGUGGUAUGGGUGACUAUAGUGGUCCUUUAAGUUUAUGUGUAUCUGCAUGCACUGGCGUACAUACUGUGGUUGCCCUGUGACCCCUGCCACCAGGUGCCCGCUGCCAUGAGUUGCGGCCCCAGCCUACGCAGUGUAAGCGCUGGGGGGGGCCCACAGAUCAGUUUUCUCACCGGGGCCCCAUGGAUCAUGUGUAUGCCACUGCUCUCCCUGACAUACACAGUGCCGCUUACACACUCACAAACAUACACACUCUCACUGACAUAGUGAAAGUGUAACUGACACAGUAUGUCAGUGAGAGUGUGUAUGUUAGUGAAAGUGUAACUGACACAGUAACAUAAACACUCUCUCUGACAUACAGUGUCACUUACACACUCUCACUGACAUACACAAUGUCAUUUACACACAGUCACUAACACACACACUGUCACUGACAUACACACAGAUUCACUUACACACACACACACACACUCAGUGACAUUCACAGUGCCACUUACACACUAACACACACACUGUCACUCAAACACAAACUCACACCACUUUACAUAUAGUCACACUUUAUUUACACACACAAACACAGCAAUUCAAUACACACAGACCAAUUUACAAUCAUAUACUCAUAAUUAGUUCCGCUUACCUUCAGAUGGACCAUACAUAAGUUCUAUGAAUGGAGGAGAAGGGCCCAACCUGCAGGUAGCUGCCAUUGUUCUUGGCGGGGAGGGCAGGAGAGCAGUAUACUGUGAGCACAGGCUACUUCCUGUUCCCCUCAGAGAGCUUCCGGUGUUCACAGGCAGGGGCAGCCUGGAUACCAAGUCAUGUCCCGGCUGCCCCUGCCUGUGAUACCAAGUCAUAUCCGGCUUCCCCUGCCCGCAGAAAGCCCAGUACUUUGCUCGGGUGCUGGGGUUACGGCAUAACCCGCUCCCCAAGCAGGUAAUCAGAGGCAGAGGGAGCCAGUAGCUGAAUGGAUGCGCUGGGGGUGGAUAAGGAACUGCUUGCCCAGCACACCAGCCCCAGAUAGCAGCAGGGCUGCCCACCGGAAAACAUCCCAGUGGGUGCCCUCCAGAGGCCGGUGCCCCAGGUGAAUGCCUUAUUUGCCUAAUAGUAUCGCCAGCCCUGGUUCCAGGCAUGUGGCAGCUUAGUCUCCAAAAAGGGGUUUCCGGACCUCUGGGGAGGGGAGCACUUCAAGUCCCAAGUAUCCUCUGAUGCUUCCUUGCCUCCCUAAACUUCCUUCCAAAUAGUGCUCUAUUGGAGAUCAGAUUUACCUCGCCUCCACACAGUCCCGAUCCAAGGAACUUUCCACGGUAUUUUCUGGUCAGACGAUCAAGGUGUAAAAUGAGUCCAGGUGAUCCCCAGAGGUCGACAAGUCCGGCUGGGAAGCACAGGAAGCCUUUGUGGCCCCCAAAGUGGCUAUUGCCCUUUUUAGGAGCUCUUGAGACCAGGCCCAUAGUCCGUGGGCAGAAUUCUGUCCUUUACACGUCUCCAUCCAGAAGGCUAUCUGUUAUAUUUGUAUGUAUGUAUAUAUAGAAUAAAACCUGCCAAGAAUGAGUUACAUCAAGCAUGUCAAACACAACGGGCCACAUAUACAAGGUUUAAGUUUAUGUGGGCCUAAAAAAACCCAAAACAUUACAUCUUCAUAGAAACGUAGGUUUGUUUUGAAAAGUACAGUAUUAAAAAAAAAAAAAAAGCACCCCCCUCUACUAAAUCCCAGUCCACCCCUCUGUACUAAAUCCCAGUCCCCCCUCUGUACUAAAUCCCAGCACCCCCCUCUAUACUAAAUCCCAGCAAAUCCACUCACAUUGCUGCUGCCAAUAUGCGAUUCGGGAGUCCGGCCUCUGGCAUAUCCCUAAUGGGGCCAUCGGCAUCCUGUGCCAAACAGAUCCUCCUGCUACUCCUUGAAAACCUGUGAAGGUGGAACACGUUGAUGUCACGUUAGACUGUGACGUGGCGUUGCGUGCAUCUGUGCACCUCCAGGUCCUCCACUGUCCAGCCGCGGCCAUUGCAACACUGACUAACACACACUGACAGACACACACACACACCCUCUCUGACAGACACACAUACACACUGACAGACACACACACAUUUACACAUUAUUGCACACACUCACAUCAUUUUAUGUAUUGCUCCCUACCUUUGGAGGCUGGUGUGGGGCCUCUCCCUGAUCUUCUUACAAGAGCUCAGUCUUCCUGCUCCCUCACGUGCGCAGUUUAGUGAUGCCGGGUGCCGGAAUGACGUCAUAUUCCGGUACCCAGCAUCACUACAGAGGGUGCACCCCGGCCAGGUAUUUUGGGCAGAGUAGGCACCUGCAAUGUGGAGAGAGCUUUAUUAAGCAUGGCAAACACGUGGCUCGCCGGGCCGCAAAAAAAUUCAGUGUGGGCAGCGAGUUUGACAUGCAUGGGGUACAUUGAUGUUUUGGCAGACUUAUGCAAUGUAUGAUCAUAUGCUGUAACUAAACAGCCAUUAUAUUGCUGUUUAGUGAAUGAGCAAGUGAGUUGGAGUGUGUUUUUUGUAUGUUUAUAUACAUAUACACAGUAUCUCACAAAAGUGAGAACACCCCUCACAUUUUUGUAAAUAUUUUAUUAUAUCGUAUUUUAUAAUAACACUGAAGAAAUAACAAUCUGUUACAAUGUAAAGUAAUAAGUGUAACGAACCGCUGGCACCCCGACCGGGUACCUUCCGCUGACGGAUGCUCCUAGCGCUUCCUGAGGACUUCAAGCACUACAGCAGACACCACAACCACCAAAUCUGAGAAGCAUAGGAAUCCUCUCUACAGGGCCGGAUUAAGAGCAUAGUGGGCCUGGUGCUGACAAUUAUGAUGGGCCUUAUUACAGAAUCUUAUCGACCAAAAACACUAAAACAGUCAUACCUCCCAAGCGUCAUGUAUCUGAUGGAGAUGGUGCUGGAUGGAAACUCAUAGGAUGCAGCUAUAAGAAAACACAUACGCUAUGCUAAUUUCUCUCUAAUUUAUGCUUUAAUCUUUCAAGUAAAUCCAUAACCCCUAACAGCAGUGUCCAGUGAAGCAGGAAGUCAAUUGGCGGGGUAAAAGGGUGUGCCACUGGCGCGAAUCACGUGACAAGACCUGCCAAAAGGGGUGAACAUGCCCAAAAAGGGGGCAUGUUUGUCCAAAGAAUUGGAAGGUCAGCCUGGCAUGAAUGCAUGUCAGGUUGCCUGCCAAUCCUGCAGGCUGUCCAACUAAGGGCAUACAAUGCAGGCAGCACCUUGAGCUUGACAUAAAUGCGUCUAAUGAUGCGCUCACUCCAUUCUUUCUAAGGACUGUCCCCUAGCACUCGCUGGUCCACUUGUCUCCUUACCUUCUUACUAGCAGGCAGAAGUUCCUGGUAUAGUCUGAGACAGAGAAAAGGUGUCUGUAGUGAGUGUAGAAGAAAGGGGACAUGCCACAGUGUUAGAGAGACCAACGUCUGCAUUACCUAAACUAACUUUAAUGUCAGCCAGUGCACACAAGUUUUGUUCCCAUACAUCCCUCUUAAGCUUCCAAACUUAAAGGGACACUAUAGUCACCAGAACAACUACAGCUUAUUGUAUUUGUUCUGGUAAGUAGAAUCAUUCCAUUCAGGCUUUUUGCAGUAAACACUGUCUUUUCAGAGAAAAUAACUCCACUGGCUGCUCCUUAGAUGGCUGCUAGAGGUGCUUCCUAGGGCUGUACUGCCUAGUGCGCAGCACUGCCAUUCAGUGUCUCCACCCUCUGCAUGCAGACACUGAACUUUCCUCAUAGAGAUGCAUUGAUUCAAUUUAUCUUUAUGAGGAGAUGCUGAUUGGCCAGGGCUAUGUUGGACUGACUCUGCCCCUGAUCUGCCUAGUUGACAGUCUCAGCCAAUCCUAUGGGGAAGUAUUGUAAUUUGCUCAGACCACCACUUCUGAGCCAGCAGCUGCAGAAUUGAAUACAAGUAAUAUUUUACUAUAUUUAGGGAGGCAAGAAGGGGCCAGGGUGGUGGUUUUAACAUAAUAGGGUAAGAAAUACAUGAUUGUGUUCCUGACACUAUAGUGCUCCUUUAAGCAAGAGUAUGUGAAGAGUAGUUAAGGUUGCCACAUUUCUUGGAAAAAAAUACCAGCCUUAAUCAUUUGCAUAAUUAAUUAGUUAUGCGUGUAAAUCACAAGGAGUGACAUCAGAGAAAAUUCUGUAAAAUCACCAACAAACUACUCACAGUUUGAUUCUGCUGUAUAGAUUGCUCCCAGUGUCUCAAUGUCUCCCAGUGUCUCAGUCUUGCAAGUCACCCUGUGUCUCAGUGUCCCUAUGUAUCACAGUGUCAGUGUCCCCAUCUCGCCCAGUCCCCUAGUCUCCCAGUGUCUGUGUCCCCAUUUCCCCCAGUGUCCCAAUGUCUCAGUGUGUCCCCAUGUCACUAGGAUACUGGGGACACUGAGAGACAUGGGGACACAGAGACCCGGGGACACAGAGACAUGGGGACACUGAGACAUUUAGGGAAACUGGGAGAAAUGGGGACACUGAGACACUAGGGACACAGACACUGGGAGACAUGGGGACACUGAAACAUUUGGGGACACUAAGACACUAGGGAUACAGACAUGGGAACACAGACAUUGGGAAACUAGGGGACACUGGCUGGGAGACAUGGGGACAGUUGUGGACAUAGACAUGUGGACACUGGGACAUAUAGGGACACUGGGAGACAUGGGGACACCAGGCACACUGAGACACUAAGAACACAGACACUGGGAGACAUGGAGACACUGAAACAUUUGGGGACACUAAGACACUAGGGACACAGACACUGGGAGAUUAGGGGAUACUGGGAUACUAGGGGACACUGGCUGGGAGACAGUCACUUGGGGAGACAUGGGGACAGUUGUGGACAUAGACAUGGGGACAUUGGGACACAUGGGGACACUAGGCACACUGAGAGACAUGGGACACAGACACUGGGAGACUUGGGGACACUGAGAACCUAGGGACACUGGCUGGGGGACAUAGUGUCUCCAUGUCCCAAUGUCUCCAAAUGUCCCUAUGUCUCACAGCGUCCCCAUGUGUCUCAGCAUCCCCAUGUGUCCCUAGUGUCUCAGUGUCCCCGUGUUUUCCAGUGUCCCCAGGUCUCACAGUGUCUGUGUCCCCAUGUGUCCUAGUGUCUCAGUGUCCCCUAGUGUCUGUGUUCCCAUGUGUCCCCUAGUAUCUGUGUCCCCUAGUGUCUGUGUCCCCAUGUCCCCAAGUGUCUCAGUGACCCCAUGUUUUCCAGUGUCCCCAAGUGUCUCAGUGUUCCCAGGUCUCCCAGUGUCUGUGUCCUAGUGUCUCAGUGUCCCCUAGUGUAUGUGUCAUCAUGUGUCCCCUAGUGUCUCAGUGUCCCCUAGUGUCUCAGUGUCCCCAUGUGUCCCUGCUGCCUUUCCCCCCAUCCCUCACUUACCUGAGCUGUAGAGCAGUUGUCUGGACUCUGUGCUGUGUUGCUGCUCCCCCACGGAUCAGUAAGUAGUAGAGAGAGGCAGGGAUAUUCUGUAACUUAGUAUGCCUGCCUCUCUCUAUACACAGUGACCCCUACUGGCCGGUGCUGGUAUUGCAGAGUAAUCUCUGUUUAUACUGAGACUAAUAUUUGCAUUUGUAUUGCCAGUAUUACUGCAAUACCGUCACGGCCAGGCAGCCUCAAAUACUGGCUGUGCCUUAAAAUACCAGUCAGGUGGCAAACCUAAGAGUAGUGUGUAAAAAAUUUUUUUUUUAAAUGGGCCUAUUCCAUGGGCCUGGGCCUGGAGCUGCAGCUCCAUCAGCCCCUAUGUUAAUCCGGCCCUGCCUCUCUAGCAUAUGAAUGCUGUAUACAGCUGAAUAGGAACCAUACGGAUAGGUUUACUCUCAUAGCAGUCAAACUGGAACAGCAUACAAUAAAUCCUUCCCCCCAAUAAUGAGACGACACUUCACUUUGAGGGUUAAAACAGGAACUCAGGUGCUGGCACACCCAGCCUGGUUUUUAUUACAGUCUUUGCAAAUACAGGACCGCCCACAGGGAGGUAUAAAACAACCAAUCACAUCACAGUUAUAUCCCACAUAUCCCCUCCCCUUAUCCUGAGAGGAAACUCAAUUACACAUACAGUUAAAACAUACUUGUUUGACCCAACUUUCAUAACUUUAACACCAUACAUCACAUUCACAUAAAAUUACAUAUUCACAAUCAAUCCAUUCAGGGGAACAACAUAUAAAAAAAUGUCAUGAAUCCGACCACGGGUUCAAAAGUUAGUAAAAGUAUCUUUUGGGCCCUGGCUGGCACAUGGCUAUCUGGCUCAAACAGGUUUUACAGAGCCCUCUAUCCUGGAGACAAUGGGGGAAAGUAAUCCAAUUAUCCAGGGAUAGAGGCAGACUCCAUUGAGCACAUGGUUGCAAAAAGACAUAAAACACUUUAAAAUACAUAAAGUCACCUUUUACACAUAACACACAGACAUUUCACAUAUCCCCAGAUAGCUGGGAUCUGAGCGCACAAAACUACUGAAGAGCGCUCAGAUCCUAUUCACACAGUUCAAUUGCCAUGGAGCCGAAGUCUUUAACUACACGAAUGGGCUCCAUGGCAUAGCUAUCUGGGUUAACACAUUCACAUAAAGUCUGGUCCAUAGUCCAAAGGCAAGAGGCGGGCAAGCAGCCCCCUCCAAGGACACGUGGCGAGGCCGGUUUCGCCACAAUAAGUGUACAGCCUGUAUAACAGUGUAAAUUUGCUGUCCCCUCAAAAUAAUUCAACAUACAGUCAUUAAUGUCUAAACCAUUGACAACAAAAGUGAGUACAUAUGUAAGUGAAAAUGUCCAAAUUGGGCCCAAAGUGUCAAUAUUUUGUAUGGCCACCAUUAUUUCCCAGCACUGCCUUAACCCUCAUGGGCAUGGAGUUCACCAGGUUGCCACUGAAGUCCUCUUCCACUCCUCCAUGACGACAUCACGGAGCUGGUGGAUGUUAGAGACCAUGCGCUCCCCCAUCUUCCAUUUGAGGAUGCCACACACACAGGGUUUAGGUUUGGAGAUAUGCUUGGCCAGUCCAUCACCUUUACCUUCUUUAGCAAGGCAGUGGUCGUCUUGGAUGUGUGUUUGGGGUCGUUAUUGUCACACCAAGGGUGCAUAAUUCAUUGUUGCUCAAUAGAAUAUUGCCAUUUAGUGCAUACAUGAAUUGGCCACUUGGUAGGGGGUCAGAUGACAAAAGUGGUAAUGCAAAUUGUAUAGGAAUGUAAAAUGGGGCAGAUGGUUUGCAACAUGGAUGGAUACUUUGAUUAAUCAAAGGCUCUGCAGGGUGUGAGAUUCUACACUGGAGAUGCCUGGAUAUCUAGUUCCAAGCUCUGCACGGUGUGAGAUUUUACACUUGAGAUGCCUGAAUGUCUAGUCCCGAUGUAAACUAACUGACCUCAGCCAUAUGGCCUCUGCGUCUUAAUUGAUGAGUUCAUUUCUUUGAUAUGUUAAUGGUCAUUAGCCUUGUGUUCAAGUAUCAUAUACAAAAGAAACAUUAAUAUGUACCCACAGAAUAAUAAUUAAGCCUCAUUUUUAUUAUAUUUAGAAUGGGACAAGUACCAUCUUCUAAAUAAGACUAAACAUGAUUGGCAUAACUUAACCAUAUGGGAAGGGAUUGGGAUGUUUGCUAUAUUAGGUCACAAGUAAGAAGUGUGACAUAUCUAUGGAAUGGAGAAAUGGUAACAAAUUCAUAGAUGCAAUUAUUAUUUAUGUGGCAAGUACAAAAGUGAAGAUAGAAGAAAAAGUUUCUAUUUGGAUUGAUGUGGAUCUGGAACACAAGGGGGUGGUCACUUAUUGUCUCUAUAGAGCAGCCUUAACUCCACCUCUAGGCCAAUCUUGGUAAUCCACAGGGUAUAUAUACAAUGAUACUGAAAUGUGUAUUGUACUUGCUUGGGGGCAAAAUCGAAUUCCAAGUGAGUCCCCAUAUUUCUUACCCCUUGGGAAGAAGUUUUACUUUGAAAAUCUGAGUAAGUAAUUAGAACUUCUGUUGUUUUAUCCCUUUUGUUUUUAUCUGUUUUUGGUGUAACUAAUUUUGUUGUCAUCUAUAUUUUUGUAUGCACUGUGACUAUUUUUUGCUCAUAAUAAAUAUUCCUUUAUUACGUUCUGCCUUUGUUUAGUAAAGAAUCACGUUACCUGAAGAGACUAAUUAGUGUUUUGCAAUUACAUAGAUAUCGUGUUAAGUUGUAUUUGGUAGUUUUUAUUAUUAAAAAUGGGGAAUAAGGCACCCCAUUUAUAAAUUGUCUUGGUUGUGGCAGUGUUAAAAUAGUAAUAUUUAUAUUAUUAUGCUUAAGUGUGAGUGGUGUUAAGUGGGAUGUUUUCAUUAUUUCUGGUCUAGUGCAGACAAAUGGUGAGCUUUAACCCUUUCACCACCAGAACUAUGUCGCACACACUCUUGAAAUAGGGUGCAUUUGUGACAGUUAUCAUGUUGGAAUACUGCCCUGUGGCCCAGUCUCCAAAGGGAAGGGAUCAUGCUCUGCUUCAGUAUGUCACAGUACUUGUUGGCAUUCAUGGUUCCCUUAAUGAACUGUAGCUCCCCAGUGCCGGCAGCACUCAUGCAGGCCUAGACUAUGACACUCCCACCACCAUGCUUGACUGUAGGCAAGACAAACUUCCUUCUGGGACGACAGCCAUGCAGACCAGUGCUUUGAGCACUGACAGGCUGACCACCCACCCCUGUCCUGUGAAACCGCUGUAUGGCCUUGCCCACUGUGCUGCAGCUCAGUUUCAGGGUCUUGGCAAUCUUCUUAUAGCUUAGGCCAUCUUUAUGUAGAGCAACAAUUCUUUUUUCAGAUCCUCAGAGAGUUCUUUGCCAUGUUGAACUUCCAGUGACCAGUAUGAGAGAGUGUGAGAGUGAUAACACCAAAUUUAACACCAAAUUUAACACACCUGCUCCCCAUUCACACCUGAGACCUCGUAGCACUUACGAGUCACAUGAUACCAUGCCACCCCCUCUUCCCCGCCUUCUAAAUACACACACACACACAUUCACUGACAGACACGCAUACACUAGCUAACAGACAUACACACUCACUAACAGACACAUACAGUCACUAACAGACACACACACGACACACUCCCUGACAUACACUCACUAACAGACACUCACACUAACAGACACAGAUACACAUACUAACAAUCACACUCACUAACAGUCACACACACACUAACAGACACACACACACACACACACACACUAACAGUCACUCACUAAUACACACACACUAACAGACACACACACUCACAUUCACACACUCACUUAUGUUUUUUAUUUAAAUUCAACCCCCUCCUCCCCCAGCCUCCUUACCUUUGGGAAUGCUGGGGGGGGGGGUUCUUCCUCUCCCUCUGGGUCCAGUGCUGGCGAGGGAGCACUUUCUCCUGAGCUCUCUGCUCAGCUCCCUUGCAUGCUGCAGGGUGAUGCCGGGAGCCGGAAUCAGGGCAGGCACUCAGGGGAAAGUGCUCCCUCGCCAGUGCCAGUGCCGCCCGCAUGGAUUUUUACCUAGCCGCCCGCUUGCCUAUUGGCAAGUACACCCCUAAGUGGAAAUGUCAAAAUUGGGCCAAAUUAGCCAUUUUCCCUCCCUGGCAGGGACAUUUUAGCCACAAGGCUAACAAGGCAUUUUCCCUGGGCAUUUGGGGUGGCUUUUUUUGCCGCCCCCUGGAAAAUGCAGCCCAAGGCAAAUGCCUUGUUUGCCUCGUGGCUAAAAUGUCCCUGCCAGGGAGGGAAAAUGGCUAAUUUGGCCCAAUUUUGACAUUUCCACUUAGGGGUGUACUUGCCAAUAGGCGGACCUAAGGGUGGGGGGACCCAAGGGUUAUAUAGUGUCAGGAAAACAAGUUUGUUUUCCUGACACUAUAGUGAUCCUUUAAGGAUAAAACACUUAAAGGAACACUCCAAGCACAAUAACCACAACAGUGUGCUGUAGUAGUUAUAGUGUCUGUCAGGAUUUCUCUAGCGACCCCCAUUGUAAGAAGUCAAACUGUAAAAGAACACUUUGACUUCUUACUUGUAGUCAGCUGGAUCCGCUCCCUGUCUCCACUACUGCUCAGUGAGAGCCAGAACCACUUGGAAAUCAUUGGCCCUGGCCCUGGAGACCCAUAUUCUAGCAUGUCAAUUCUCUCUAAUGACACUGACAUGCUGGCUUCACUGCCAGCACAUCUUCAUCAGAACAUCUUAUAGUACCCCUACAAGCGUGAGAACAGCUUGCUCAGAGAGUAGUAUUGUGAGAGGGAGCAGGAGAAUCUCCUUUAGGAAGGUUCUCCUUCUCACCCUGUCACUCACUCCUGGAUUAAAUCUUUAUGCCAAAGAUUGAUUGCAGUGAAAUUAAAAUAUGUCCGUUUCCUAGCAUUUCUGCUAGUUUACACAAAUGGUGUGACUAUUAGUGUUGUGCUGCUACAGCAGGCCGUGCUUGUGCUAAUGAAAUGCUCUGCUGAAACUGACAAUGAAAUAAAACUGCUGUAAUCUUAUUAACUCUAAACCACUGCAUCAGACAGCGAUACCUCUUUAUUUUAACUGCAAGUCAUGGAGUACAGCAGAAAUAGGUACAGCUUGCACACUUUGCUGGAAUCUGUACAGUUAUAAAAAUAUUAGUGAACCCAUCAUUAUUCGCACAUGUAACCUUGGCCUGAAUCAGCCUUUAAAACCCCAGAGCACACACUAGUGUCAAUGAUUGGUAUUCAUCUGCUUUUGUGCUAUUAACUUAGCAUUCCUCACCUCUCUUAGCCCCUUCCUGCGAUCUUAUCUCCAGUUCUUGCUUCUCCUGUUUCUGCUCUUUACAACCUCUGUUUUCCUAUUGGACUACAAACAUUUGCUCUAGCCCUUGUCUUCAACAAAAAGAUCGCCUUCUCCAAUUAUUUAACUCUUGUUUUUUCUGCUUUAGCCUACAUGUUUGUUCCCUGAUUGCUCCAUUAAAGUCCCUGUGCUUAAAUGCACCUUCUUGGUCCCAAUCCUGAGCUCGUCUUAGAAGUGAUGUCUGGCUUGCCAUUACACAACCAGUAACACUGACAACCCAUUUUCAUAAUUAAACUCCACAUGUUACUUAAAAAAAUUACUUUUAAUUUAUACUUUAUGGUAAUGGUAACAACAUUUCUGGCAGUUGUAUAAAUAUUUUUUUCCAGUUCAUGUUUAAGGUAUGGAACCUGCAUCUGCACAUCCUUCAGGAGAGCAAUAGCAUUCUUCAACUCUAAAUGUGCACCGACAAGACUCAUACACUUUGACGAGAGUCAUCUGAAAGUAAGGUCCAUGCAUUUUUUAGCCUCUCCGUCCAACGGCUGCCAAUCAUAGAUGUUCUCCUUUGCUGGAGAAUUGACCAGCACAAUGUAUAGAUUACUUCAACAUUGACCUUACUCUGGAUGUCAAGUUCAUUUUAGAAGUUUUUUCAGGAAAUCCAGUACUCAGUGGCUGAGCAUCCACAAACUAAAACAAUUUGUUAAGUCUGUUAAGUUCAAGGAUAAAAUUUGAGAACUUUCAAGUAAAAAAAAAAAAAGUUUAAAAAAAUAAAUAAAAAAAAAUUAGAAAUAAUUCACACAGAUGAUUUUAACCUCAAAAGCUCCUGGAAACAGGGGCUUUUAAAACACUUAUGUUUCAUUCUUCUAACCCUCCUGCCUCCUCUUAAAGGGACACUAUAGUCACCCAGACCACUUCAGUUCAAUGAAGUGGUCUGGGUGCCAGGUCCCUCAGGUUUUAACCCUGUUUCAGAGAAACUGCUAUGUUUACAUUUGGGGUUAAGCCAGCCUCUAGUGGAGCCACUAGAGGUGCAUCUGCAACACUGGAGGCAUAUCAUGCAUCUAUCGCGCAGAGCGUCCAUAGGAAAGCAUUGAGAAAUCCUUUCCUAUUGACAGCUUGAAUGCGCGCGCCUCACUUGCCGCGCAUGCACAUUCGGCUCUGCUGACGUCGGCAGAAGGAGCUGACGUCGGCGGGGGAGGAGAGGUCACCAGCGCAGAGAGGGCCCGGCGCUGGAUUAAGGUAAGCUGCUGAAGGGGUUUUAACCCCUUCAGCGCCAUGGGAGGGGGACCCUGAGGGUGGGGGCAAGCUCAGGGCACUAUAGUGUCAGGAAAACCAUUUUGUUUUCCUGACACUAUAGUGAUCCUUUAAUAUAAAAAUGCAUUGGUCAAGCAUCACUGGGUCUUUAAGAGGCCCUGUUACACCCCCUACAUUUUGACCAAAUCAUAAAGAUAAAAAUCUUUAUGAAAUGCUCAUAAAGACUGAGUUGGAAUUCCAUUAAGCUACUGCCGUCAACUUUCGUCACUUCACAUAGCUGUCACUAGCAAUGGCUGUGGGAUAAUAUCUAUGGAGGCUUCUGCAGUCCUGCAGGAUUCUCCAUAGACAUUAUUAUUGUACUCCUGCGCAUGUGCUACAGUACUGCAGUGAAGGAGGUUUCUGGCAGGUGAAGUGUCAGGAGCAUACCAGCAGGUAAGUACUGUAUUUCACCGCUUAAUAGUCGCCACUGCAUAAUAGUCGCACCCUGGGUUUUUUAAUAAAAAAUUGGUUCAAAUUCAAUUCAUCACAUAACAGUUGCAUAUUUGACCAUUGCUGUUAUUGUUGUGAGACAUUCUUAUUCUUGAAUACUGAUGGCGAACAUCCUACUGAUCUUAUACUGAAGAAAGGGUUUAUUACCUAUUAGUUUAUUGUAUUUUAGUGCAUCUUCAUGUAAUGCAUUAAGAAAUGGCAGGAGGACAUGGAUCAGCAUCACUGUUUAUGUAAUGCAUUAGAAAAUAUGCUGUUUUGUUAUUAGCAACUAUAAUUUUUUUCAGUAACAGUUUAAAAAACUGUUAAAAAAAAGUUUUGCAUAUAUAAUAUCGCAAAAAAUAAAGCUUCACAUAAUGGUUGCACUCCGCAUAAUGGUCACACCCCUAUUUUUUAAGGAAAGGAAUUAGGCAUAAAAUCUGCGACGAUUAUGCUGUGAAAUAUGGUUGAUGUCACCUGUACUGAACCCUUUGGCUACUACACCCUAAGUAACAAUGUCAUUAAUGGGGGAUUAUGCAAAAUAUAGACCUCAAUAGGUGACAGGCUAACGUUAAUUUAGCAAGUCUGAAAAAUUUCCUGCAAGGUUUGUUAGUUACUGCAUUGUGACUGGACAUAAAUAAGCAGUCAAUCCCAAUGAGGGAGUUUGUCAGAAGGAUGAAGCAGUGCUGUAAGGAAGGCUCGGCUUUGUUUCAGCCACUAUAUGAAAUGGUUCUUUUUGUUUCCUGUUAAGUUUUGUUUUGUUUUAAUAAAUGUGUCUUUUUUGCAUUUUGGUGUGUCUAAUUCUGUGAGCAGGAGGUCUCAUGAUGGGUAUCAUUUUACUGUUUGCAGUUAACAUGCUCUGCAAGAGAGAGAACUUUAUUAACUGUAUUUUCCAGCGUAGUUCUGGCAUUCUGCUAAUUAUGGUGCAGACAUUAUAUACACGUUCAUGGAGCAGGUCGACACACAAGCUUAUAGAAACAUAGAAUGUGACGGCAGAUAAAAACCAUUCAGCCCAUCUAGUCUACCCAGUUAGAUGGGCCGAAACAUAUAGUGGUUUAAACAAAGCCGAGCCUUCCUUACAGCACUGGGUCACCCUUCUGACAAACUCCCUCAUUAUGAUUUACUGCUUAUCCAUAAACGAUUGCCAGAAGUGCCCUGGCUGUCCCUAGUUGUAAGUUUUCAAAUCGCUUUAGAAUGGUUUGACUUCACACCUGUGGUCUACAGGUUCUAACUGUCACCACUACAGCUGACAGAGUCAGACACUCCUGCUUGGAGCUUCCCUUAGCUCUUCUGAGCUACGCCUUGCAUUGUGCCAAAUGUUCACAUUCAGCCAAUAAGCUAGGUCCCGCACUGCUGGGCUCAGCUCAGACACAGAGUUUCCGUCUCUUUGCAGGCUGUAUUAGAGAUGGGUAGCAGAGACCGGCAGAUCCCAAGUAAGAAGUCAACCAUUCUAAAAUGGUUUAACUACUCACACUGGGUGAGAGUCCACACACUCCAGGUACCAUGAGUGCUGUAGUGGUUAUGGUGCUUGGAAAAUUUCUUUAUUGGCAAAAACUGCAAACAGUUUCAGUGUGGUGGAGGACUAAAGUAUGCUUAUAUCAUGGGAAAAUAAUGUCAAUAAGCACAAUAAACCAUUAAAUUGAAAGCCAUGUGAUUUAUGAGAGUCUGCAGAACUCCAAGAUGUUAUUAUUUUCACGUAACACGCAUAAUGUUUUAUAAUACACGAUUACAAAUAUUUAUUUUUAAUUUUGUUUUGGAAUACCUCAAUUGGUCACUGCUAUUUAUACUGCUGUGGAAUGCAGCACAUACAUACCGGUAUAUACACUUACACAUAAGCUUACACAUAGUUAUAAUUAUAGGUCCUUUUGCCUCAGUACAGUACCAGGACAUGUCACAACCUGCCUGAGACUGAUGGGAGUCAGAACAAAAUGAAGAUAGCUGCAAAUUAUUGCUGGAACCUGGGAAUGUGACUACCAUCAGUCUAAGUCAGCCUGGUCCAUUAAGUGGUUUGUCAUGUCUCCUGAAACUCAUACACGACAUUAUGCUACAAUAACAUAGUUCUUUGUUUCUCAAUGAUUCUUUACAGAUGGGACAAAACAUUCUAAGUAGUAUACUGUAUCAUAAAAGGAAGCACAAAGCUCUUCCAAUCAACAAAAUAUUUCCCAGACAGGAAAGGGGGAAAAGGAAACAAUGACAAAUAAAUAAAGACAUAUAAAUGACAAAAAUAUAAUGCAGUAUAAGACAAACUAAAAACAAAUGGAAUUUUAGAAUGUAGAAUAAAAUGAAGUGAAUUAAGAAUAGAAUGUAGAAUAAAACUGAUCUACAUUCAUGAGGAGAGAGAUAUAAACGGGCUUUAAAAAAAAAAAAAAAGGAAAGAAAGAAGAGACAGGCACUGUCAUCACAGCAAGAGACAGAGCAGCAGGGGGAAGGGAAGGAGAGGGAAGAUCUCGGAGUGAGUCAGGAAGAGGGAGGAGGAAUAAAGAUUAAAAAUGGCCACCAGCAGCUGCUGGAAACAGCAACAACUCCUGACUUUCCGGAAUGGUCAGACUGGCCCUGCCGGUCAACAUUGAUGGAAGGAGCAGGGAUCAGAGCAAGCACACAGCAUCAGCUGGCACAUCUGUCCCUGCAAGGUGGCCAUAGCAGUGCCAGGGAGCCAACAGGGCACAAUACACAAUCCCCAGGCUCACUGCCCUCAUUCACCUCCUGCAUUUCUCUCCGUUCACAGCAGACCUGACAUUGUGGAGACUUGAUUGCACAGUACUUCUAAUUAUUAUUAUUAAUUUUUAUCUCUGUAGUUUUUGUAUUUAUUAUUUUAAUUUUACCCUUUUGGAUUACCUGGAACAACACCCCUCUCCAAACAACAAAAGGAUUGGUUUAAAUGGUUAUACCAGCAGAGAUCAUAAUGGGAAGGAAAUAAAUCAAAGCAGUGUGGAUAAAAUAGCUUCAUCCUGCACUCUUUGCUGUCUGCAAAACGGUGAGUGUGCUGUCUUUUGGCUAUAGGGGAGGAGGAAGGGCUAGCAGCCAUCAGCUAAUAUCCAGCACUGAAAAGAUUUGAUUUAUUUAAAUCAGCCACUAGCAAGACAAGCACUUUGUGCAUAAUGGGCCCUUUUUAACCCUCCCUGCUUGCUGAGAGGCCUGGCAUGUAUUCCACAGCAGCUCCACCAUAGCAGUACAAUUGCAUGGUAAUGGGUGGCUGGGUAUCUUCACUGGUUAGAUUUUGUGUGUGCAGAUGGAUCAUGCAUGAUAUGCUUCUGUGUGUACAGUGAAGACAAACAGUUACACAGUAUUGUUUGCUUUGUGCAUGACCCUUGAACAGGUAUUAAAGAAAAGAACAAUGUCAUGGUCUAGCUGUAAGCAGUGAGCAUGGAUAUUUAAACACCCCCUCCUUGUAUUCUAAUAUAUAUAUUUUAAUUUUAUGCUUUUGGUUGAUACAUUUCAACUGUUACAAAUUCUAGUAUUGCACAAUAAGGACUGAACACUGAGCUAUUGCACAAAAGGGAUUACUUCAAUCUGUCCCUGGUGACUAGAAGUCUCAUGACAGUUUCGAUGUUCUUAAUGCCUUUAUGAACACUGGACCUAAUAGAAUUUUUUUUUUUAUAGGUAUUAGCCUAAAAAGCUCCAUGAUGAGGAGUGGUUAUGCCUCUUAACCCUUUCAUGUCUACGUUUAAGAUGACAAGUGGGUACUCCUGGGUGACAGUCAAUUCUGUCACCCACCCCUGCACCAAUAUACUGCCCCCAAAGGGCAGGGAGUGAUUAUGGCAUGGUGGCAGGGCAGGUGCUAAAUAUGCUCAUGGUAGGGCUGAAUGGAUGUGUUGCUGUCAUAAAAAUAAUCUAGUAUGGAUUUAUUUCCAUUUUCUGUUUGUGGUUUUUACAUGCUAUUGUGUCAAAUUUGGCUCUGCUUGCCAUUUCUCUUAUUUUUGAUAUUUUAAUUUUACCAGCUUUGUCUUCAUAUCUAUGUACUCUUAUAAUUCAAUAUUUUAAUUAAUUUUUUUCCCCCGAUACUAAAUUAAUACUAGUAUCUGUUGACCGCUGUGUUUACUAUUCGGUUUUGCAAUUGUGAGCAGUAAUAAGACUUGCAGGUGACUAGCACUAAACCUGGAAUUAGUAGGAUGCUGGUUGAUACAUGUUUACUAACUGAAGUCUCUAAAGACCAAUGUGUUAUCAGCCAAAUCUUUGUGAUAGUGACACUCCUGACACGCCAUCGGUACUGAAGAGGUUAAUCUGUCAUAGAUAAUUACUGAAGUAUAAAUCCAAAUUAAUUUACAAUUUUAGACCAAAAUAGCCAAAUUGAACACUUGACAACUCAACUAUGUUUCCUGGUACUAUGCUGCUAUUAUGGCCUUAAAUUUACUUUGAAAUCCAGAUAGUUCACACUUUUAGUUACAACCCCCCUCAGUACAUAGUAUGUGCAUGUGUUUCAGUUCCAAAGUACAGUAUUGCUUUGCAGUACAUUACAGCAUUCACAUGACCUCUCCAGGAAUCUGCUGAGGUGUAUUGAUCAUGUAACAUGUUUGGCCCAUGUGAUACCUGGAAAGAAAUGAUGCUGUAUUUCCUGUAUGAAAUCAUUAUAUUAUAGAAUGGGUUUUAAUAAUAAUUCAAUAAAACAAAACCUUUUAUAACCUACUAAAAAAUUUAAGCCAUGUAGACAUGUAUGUCUUUGAUGUGAUAUGCUUUGCUUUCAAGCUACUUGUGCAAAAAUAUGACUAUUUGUUAGAUUGGAGUGUUAUAGGGUUCCAGAAUGUUCCCAAUUUGUGAAACUUGCUCUUCAAACAGAUUAUGGUGGGCUUCAUGUACCAAUCGUUCAAAAUAAUGCUGAAGGGUUUUGGGUUUGCACAGAAAUGCAAUGAGAUACAAAAUUCGUUUUGUUUUUUGUUUUUAUUGUGGGGGGGAAAUGUUGAAUGUGAACCUAAUCUCUCAAAUUUGUGUUGGAUUGCUACUCUCAGAAGUUUAGGCUACGCAUACACUCGAAUUUCCCAGAGAAUUAUGGGGCUAUAUUACUUCUACAGUUAGAAAGAUAUAGUGCAUCACAAUCUGUUGUCCCAUAGGAUGACUGUAGCUUUGUCUGACCAAAUUCACAAGUUUUGUUGUAUUAUUCAUUAAAUAUUUAAAUUACUCUCUAAUGUCUCUGCCAUUGUAAACACAACAUUAUUUACAUUUGUCCAAGAACAUGUUUCUAGUUGUUGUCAGAUGAGACAUUUCCUCUUUAAGAUCUUCGAAAUUUAAAGGUUCUCAUGUUCGCCAUCAUGAUGCACAACAUAAUGUUGCCAAAUCCAGCUGAAACUUCAACAAUUGGAUUCAUUACUUACUUAAUGAGAAACAGAUUGGCUGAGUGUGGAAAUUGCCGUGCAUGCACUAUAGAUACCCAAUACCUCUCUGUGAGAAGCAUUGGAUUAUCGUUGAUAGGAUUAUAGGUACAUUUUUUUUUUUUUUAUUGCUAUUUAAAAAAUAAAAAUAAAAAAAAAAUAAAUAUAUAUAUAUAUAUAUUUAUUUAUAAAAAAAAUUAUUAUUUUUUUUUAUUCAGGGUCUUGAAUAAAGAUUAUAAAAAUAAAGCAUCUCACAUUAAAAUGUAAUACAUUUAUUCAUGUGUUCCUUUUAACAUGCAAACACAGGUACUGGCAUCGAGGAUUUACAUUGUAUUUUAAAUUUGAUUCAGUUUAAUGCAAGUAACAUUAUUCAUAGAACUAUGAAUUAAUGAUGCUUGCAUAGGUUAUAAUGAGAGGAACCCCAUUACUGUAUUCCUUACAUAAAAUAUAAGUACAAAGAGUUGUCAUUAAUGGUAAAUUUUCAAGCUGGACAGAGGUGGCAAGUGGUGUCCCUCAGGGGUCUGUUCUGGGACCCCUUCUAUUUAACAUGUUUAUAAAUGAUCUUGAAGACCGCAUUGGAAGUCAUGUUUCAGUGUUUGCAGAUGACACACAACUCUGUAAAAUAAUACAAUAUGAGCAAGAUAUUACUUUGUUGCAGAGGGAUUUAGAUAGACUGGGGACUGGGCACUCAAAUGGCAGAUUAAAUUUAAUGUUGAAAAAUGCAAAGUUAUGCACUUUGGUGUAAAGAAUACACAAGCAACGUAUACCCUUAAUGGAAGCGAAUUAGGGAUAACAACACACGAAAAGGACUUGGGAAUUGUUAUAGACAACAAACUAUGCAACAAUAUGCAAUGUCAAUCCGCAGUGGCCAAGGCCAGUAAGUUUUUGUCAUGCAUGAAAAAGGGCAUUCAUUCUCGGGACGAGAAUAUAAUUUUGCCUCUUUAUAAAUCACUGGUGAGACCACAUUUUGAAUAUGCUGUGCAAUUUUGGGCACCUGUUCUAAAGAAGGAUAUUAUGGUACUAGAAAAAGUGCAGUGGCGGGCUACAAAAUUAAUAAAAGGAAUGGAACAUAUCCGCUAUGAAGAAAGGUUAACAAAUUUAAACCUAUUUUGUUUAGAAAAACGUCGCCUGAGAGGGGAUAUGAUAACAUUAUACAAAUAUAUUCGGGGCCAAUACAAACCAUUGUGUGGAAAUCUACUCACAAACUGGACUUUACAUAGGACACGAGGUCAUGCGUUUAGACUGGAAGAAAGAAGAUUUCGUCUAAGGCAAAGGAAAUCUAUAUAUAUAUAUAUAUAUAUAUAUAUAUAUAUAUAUAUAUAUAUAUAUAUAUAUAUAUAUAUAUAUAUAUUUUUUUUUUUUUUUUACUGUAAGUACAAUAAGGAUGUGGAAUUCUCUGCCUGAAGAAGUGUUUUUAUCAGAGUCCAUACAUAUGUUCAAACAGCUACUAGAUGCAUACUUGCAAAAACAGAAUCUUCAAGGAUAUAAUCUUUCAAUGUAGGGUAAUAACUGCUUGAUUCAAGGAUAAAUCUGACUGCCAUUCUGGGGUCAAGAAGGAAUUUUUUUUCCUGGCUUGUUGCAAAAUUGGAAGUGCUUCAAACUGUGUUUUUGCCUUCUUUUGGAUCAACAGCAAAAAACAAAUGUGAGGAAGGCUGAACUUGAUGGACGCAAGCUAUGUAACUAUGCAUUCCAUAUACUGUAAGCCUACUUCCUGCUUUGGGUUGUCACUAUAAUGUUCUGUAAAUUAUUAGGCCACAAAAAACAUUGCAUAUCAAGGGCAAUAAAUAACCUCUAAUUGAAGGAAUACAAGUCCCACUAGUAGAUCUGUUCGGCAGUAUGUGGUUGUUAGUUCCACUUAAUAUCCAAACACAUGUGAACCGCACAUUAUAUUAAAGGUACACUAAAGUCACCAAAUAGCUAGUUUAAUGAAUCUGUUUUGGUUUUUUGAUUAUUCCCCUGCAGUUUGUUUAUGUAGCCCCAGUCACACCACAUUGCAUAUGACUUGCACAGCCUUCCUAAACACUUCCUGUAAAGUGAGAUCUUGUGUUUGCACUUCUUUUUAUUGCAAAUUCUAUUUAAUUUAGAACUUCUUAUCUCCUGUACUGUUAAUAGCUUGGUAGACCCUACAGGAACCUCUUGUGUGUGACUAAAGUUCAAUUUACAAAGCAGGAGAUAAAGGAUUUGAAGUAAUUUACAUCUGAUUGAAAAUGAAACCAUUUUUUUUUUUUUUUUUCAUGCAAGCUAUUGUCCCUCACAACCAGGGGGAGGAGUGGCUAAAGCUGCAUGGACAGAAACAAAAGUGAUGUAACUCCUAAUUGGCAGUUAAUUGAGUAGUGAAACUUCAGUCAUGAUCUAUAUACAAUAAAACGGCUUCAUUAAGCUAAAGUUGUUCUGGUGCCUAUAGUGUCCUUUUAAACAAAUAUUCUUCUGAAAUCCUUAAAAUCCAUCUGCAGUAAUAUGUGGGGCAAAAAGAUCACAAAAUAGAAUAUGAAAAUUAGAUGGAUUGGGGGGAUACAGGAUAAAGUGAGACAUGCAUCAUAUCUUAAACUGACUUUUAUUCACUACUACCUACACCUUAGAAUCGUAUAAAGAGAAUUGUCACACCUGUAUGCUUAAAAAAAAUAGUAAUCAUAUGGCACUUAUUUUAUGCACUUUGUGACAGGAAUGGCAGCUGUUUAAAGGGACACUAUAGUCACCCAGACCACUUCAGCUCAAUGAAGUGGUCUGGGUGCCAGGUCCCUCAGGUUUUAACCCUUCAGAUGCAAACAUAGCAGUUUCAGAGAAACUGCUUUGUUUACAUUUGGGGUUAAGUCAGCCUCUCGUGGCUGUCUUCCGGAUAUUAUGCCUCCAUCACGCAGAGCAUCCAUAGGAAAGCAUUGAGAAAUGCUUUCCUAUGGACACUUUUAAUGCGCACGCACAGCACAGCUGCGCAUGCGCAUUCGGCUCCACUGACGUCAGACUGGGGAGCUGACGACGGGGGAGGAGAGGUCACCGGCGCUGGAUAAGGGAAGCUGCUGAAGGGGUUUAGCCACGGGAGGGGGACCAUGAGGGUGGGGGCACCCUCAGGGCACUAUAGUGUCAGGAAAACCACUUUGUUUUCCUGACACUAUAGUGAUCCUUUAACCCCUUAAGGACCAAACUUCUGGAAUAAAAGGGAAUCAUGACAUGUCACACAUGUCAUGUGUCCUUAAGGGGUUAAGGUGCUCAUAGAAAGCAGGUCUGGCCACAAUUGGAAAGACCAUGCUACUUCCUGCUGCCAUAAUCGAGCGAUAUCCCAAAGAUAGAAAAGUGGAGGCUAAUACAAGGAUAUGAUUACUGACACAGGUGGCCACGUGAUUGUGAAUACUCCACCAGUUUACCAUGCUUAGACUGGAAGUCUUGGCCCAACCUGUCCUGUAUUGGCGUAAGACUGCUGCAGAUUACUUGUUAUUGGGAAUACAUUUGCUGUGAUAUCACAGCAAUUGUAUGCUGUAAACAGCUGAAGGCAGCAGCAAUGCAUUCUGGGAUCAGCAUCUUUGAGAUGUUUUUGUCUGCCUCCAUAUUAGUCAAUCAGUGAUGUCCUUGGCCAUGCAAUUAGAGUAAAGGCUAGUCAUAUUGAUUUGUGUAUAAACAAUGGUUUGCUAAAUCCUUCUAUUCUCUCUGUCUUCUAUCUGAUUGUCUAACAGAGAGAGAGAAGAGAGAGGUGUUACAUUGUGUCUGGUUUGGUCAGGUGUCUGGACUUCUAUAUUUUAAUAAAAUGACUGUUCAUCACUGCAGUAGUUGUGUUUUAUUUUUUGUUUAUUUUUUUGUGCUGUCAUCUGGUUAGUUAAUUGGGUGGUCGUUUUAGGGUUUAGUUGGUCACUAUACUCAUCAGUAAAUUGUCCACUCGAUAAAACUUGAAGUAGCCAAUAUGAUAUAGGCCAGGUUUUGCACUUUUACAAAAGGCACACAAUUUUAAGGGUAAACUGUAGUUGUGACCUGAUAUUCUGCUUCAACGGUGACUUGGGCCUAAUCUAUCUAAAUUGGAUAUUGGAAAGCUAAACCGAGCAGGUCUUGCGUUUGGCCUUGUAACUUCCCAUCUACAGGGAGUGCAGAAUUAUUAGGCAAGUUGUAUUUUUGAGGAUUAAUUUUAUUAUUGAACAACAACCAUGUUCUCAAUGAACCCAAAAAACUCAUUAAUAUCAAAGCUGAAUAUUUUUGGAAGUAGUUUUUAGUUUGUUUUUAGUUUUAGCUAUGUUAGGGGGAUAUCUGUGUGUGCAGGUGACUAUUACUGUGCAUAAUUAUUAGGCAACUUAACAAAAAACAAAUAUAUACCCAUUUCAAUUAUUUAUUAUUACCAGUGAAACCAAUAUAACAUCUCAACAUUCACAAAUAUACAUUUCUGACAUUCAAAAACAAAACAAAAACAAAUCAGUGACCAAUAUAGCCACCUUUCUUUGCAAGGACACUCAAAAGCCUGCCAUCCAUGGAUUCUGUCAGUGUUUUGAUCUGUUCACCAUCAACAUUGCGUGCAGCAGCAACCACAGCCUCCCAGACACUGUUCAGAGAGGUGUACUGUUUUCCCUCCUUGUAAAUCUCACAUUUGAUGAUGGACCACAGGUUCUCAAUGGGGUUCAGAUCAGGUGAACAAGGAGGCCAUGUCAUUAGAUUUUCUUCUUUUAUACCCUUUCUUGCCAGCCACGCUGUGGAGUACUUGGACGCGUGUGAUGGAGCAUUGUCCUGCAUGAAAAUCAUGUUUUUCUUGAAGGAUGCAGACUUCUUCCUGUACCACUGCUUGAAGAAGGUGUCUUCCAGGAACUGGCAGUAGGACUGGGAGUUGAGCUUGACUCCAUCCUCAACCCGAAAAGGCCCCACAAGCUCAUCUUUGAUGAUACCAGCCCAAACCAGUACUCCACCUCCACCUUGCUGGCGUCUGAGUCGGACUGGAGCUCUCUGCCCUUUACCAAUCCAGCCACGGGCCCAUCCAUCUGGCCCAUCAAGACUCACUCUCAUUUCAUCAGUCCAUAAAACCUUAGAAAAAUCAGUCUUGAGAUAUUUCUUGGCCCAGUCUUGACGUUUCAGCUUGUGUGUCUUGUUCAGUGGUGGUCGUCUUUCAGCCUUUCUUACCUUGGCCAUGUCUCUGAGUAUUGCACACCUUGUGCUUUUGGGCACUCCAGUGAUGUUGCAGCUCUGAAAUAUGGCCAAACUGGUGGCAAGUGGCAUCGUGGCAGCUGCACGCUUGACUUUUCUCAGUUCAUGGGCAGUUAUUUUGCGCCUUGGUUUUUCCACACGCUUCUUGCGACCCUGUUGACUAUUUUGAAUGAAACGCUUGAUUGUUCGAUGAUCACGCUUCAGAAGCUUUGCAAUUUUAAGAGUGCUGCAUCCCUCUGCAAGAUAUCUCACUAUUUUUGACUUUUCUGAGCCUGUCAAGUCCUUCUUUUGACCCAUUUUGCCAAAGGAAAGGAAGUUGCCUAAUAAUUAUGCACACCUGAUAUAGGGUGUUGAUGUCAUUAGACCACACCCCUUCUCAUUACAGAGAUGCACAUCACCUAAUAUGCUUAAUUGGUAGUAGGCUUUCAAGCCUAUACAGCUUGGAGUAAGACAACAUGCAUAAAGAGGAUGUUGUGGUCAAAAUACUCAUUUGCCUAAUAAUUCUGCACUCCCUGUAUCCUACCCAGUUAUACGAUGUGGGUAGUACUGUACUUGGAGGUAAUAUUUUUAUUCUGCAGUAGUGAGCAUUAGGAUUGUAAUAUUACAUUUUUUACAAUGUCCUUAAUGAAUGUUCGUUUCUAAAAAAAUAAAAAAGAUACAAAACUAGAGAAUUUGGCGGAGAUUAGUAAUGAAAAGGCAAAAUUACAGGGAAAGUAGAGGGUACUUUCAAAUGUAUACUUUUUUUUUUUUUUGUGUAGCAAUUUUGGAUUAGGUGACUGCUAUUGAAGCAAAGUGUUGCCCAAUGUAUUUUGGAAUAUUUUUGGUUGGCUUUGACCAGAUAUGUGUCAGAAAUCCUAUAAUACAACUUGAUCUAAUUCCAGCCAAACUAUUCCAUUAAAUCCACAUGUUCUGUUUUUGAGGCAUACUAAGGUGAACACUUUAAAAUGGAACAGCCAUGUUUAUUAAUCCCAUGAUUAUUAUUAAGUUGACUUAUGCUCUGCAUUGGACAAAUAUGUGUGUUGUGAGGUUUAAAUAUAAGAGUAGAACUCCUCACCUCUGAUCACCUCCUUUUUGGUGCUGUCCUUUUUCUGUAAUCGAAUAUAGUAUGCAGUGGUGGAGAAAGUGGGAAAUAUUAAUCACAGUGUCACAGUGUUCUGUUCUACAAAGGUGGUGAAAAUAUGUAAAAGGUGAGAAGACCCCAAUGGAAUAUCCCUUCAGUUUCCAUGUUGUAUUGACACACUUUUAGUACUUUACACCACUUUUUAAAACAGGCCACUCUAAUGGCCUCCUCAAAUGCAAUGCGUGCCCUGGCUCUGCUUGACUAAAUCUGAUUAUGUCAAUUGUUUGAAGGACCACUAAAAUCACUCAGGCCACUCAUUGAGAUGGGUGCAGUGGUCUUGUCAAUUUAAUCAAGGUAAAACAAUGCUAUUUAAAAAAAUUUAAAUUAAAAAAAAUUCUAAUCAGAAACCGCAAUUGUUACCUUAAAGAGCAAACACACCUCCAGUGGCUGUCAGUCACUGGCAACCACAGGAGGCUCCUCCUCUGCACUGACGAAGUACAACUCUGUCAUUGUUUCUGGAAUAUAUUGCCCAUGAUGCUCGUCUAGCUUUCAGAGUCUAAAAGCUAGCUCUGCAUCUUGGGAAAUGUAGUCCAGAAACAAUUCAAGGUUAGCUAUCACUGCCUAUAGCCAUAGGCGUGCACAGCCUAUUGCAUUAGGGUGUGCACCCUAAAGCACAAACACACGCCGUGUGUGUGUGUGUGUGUGUGUGUGUGUAUGUGUGUGUGUGUGUGUGUGUAUAUAUAUAUAUAUAUUACUGCUGUGUAUGAGGGUGCGGUUAGUGUGAUGUGAGGGUGUUUGUGUGUGUGUUUGUGACUGUGCUGUUUGUGUGUGUGUGUUUGUCCUGUGAGGGUGCUGUUUGUGUGAGUGUCGUGUAUUUGUGAGGGUGCUGUUUGUGUGUGUGUGUUUGUGAGGGUGCUGUUAGUGUGCUGUGUGUGAGGGUGUUGUGUUUUUUUUAAAGGUGCUGUGUGUGUUUGUGAGGGUGCGGUUAGUGUACCCUGUGUGUGUGAGCUGUAUGUUUUGUAGGUGCUGUAUUUUUGGAGGGAUUGUGGAGGUGGGGGCAGAUUAGUAAAUCCUUGCUGCCAUGUGCCAUCCCUGGUGGUCCAGUGGAGAGUGAACUCUAGCCUGCGGGGCUAGAGUUAACUCUCGCGAGAUCUGAGCGUAGCAACGCGGAGCUUCUGUCUAGAGCUCCCUGGGUCCUCUCCUGCCUCCCUCCAUGCUGCUGUGGGCCGGUGAGGUAGAUCUUUGGUCUCCCUGCCGGGCCAUGGAGGCUUAAAGCAGAGCCGGCACUCAGAUAGCGCCAGUUCUGCGUGAGCCGACAGGGGAGAUCGGGAUUCCCAUUCCCCCCCAAAAAAAUUAUGUGUCUGUGUGUGUGUGUGUGUGUGUGUGUGUGUGUGUGUGUGUAUAUAUAUAUAUAUAUAUAUAUAUAUAUAUAUAUAUAUAUAUAUAUAUAUAUAUAUAUAUAUAUAUAUAAUAUAUAUAUAUAUGCGGCGUACACUCACAGACACACACACACAUACAAAUUAUUAUAUUUUAAUAAUACAAUGUCCACCCAGCCUCCCUAUCUGGAGUGCUGGCGUGGACUUUUCCCUGGGGUCCAGUGGGGAGGGCGCCUGUCUGCAUCUCAGCCGCGGCGAGGGAGCUAUCUGCUCCCUCUCGCCGCGCGGGCUGUCUGCUGUAGCUGGAAUAUGACGUCAUAUUCUGGCUCCCGGCAUCAGCGCGCGGCGAGAGGAAGCAGAGAUCAGAUAGCUUCCUCGCCGCGGCUGAGAUGCAGAGCGGGGGGUAUCCAUCACCUCUUGGGCCCCCCUCCCCCCCCCAUGACAGGGGCAAGAGGUGAGACAGGUGGCACUGAGUGCCUGCAGGAACAGCGUUCCUGCUCAAAAAAAAGUGCAGGAACACAGUUCCUGCAGGACUCAAACCAUAGGCGUGCCACAGGGAUUAGGGUGUGCCCAGGAAUGUGCUGAUAUACAGGUGGUCAAAAAACAGAUGAACAGGUCAAGUUUCAAAAUUAUUUUCAGGCCAUGGACUAAUUUUAAAUGAUGCAAUUACUUCCAAAUUUAAAUUUGCAAUGUUAUUCACUAAAGUAUAAAUUUUUCAGGAAUUCCUAGUAAAUAUAAAAUUUAAACUCCAAGUUGGCUAAUCUUUCAGUAUAGUUACUUUGGGUGUAAAUAUAAAUUCCCUACAACUCUCACUUUAGUAUAUAACCCUGUUAGUCUAUAUCUAAUAUCCAGUGUGCACAACAAUGCACGUCGCUGUCAAAAAUCUUAAAUUCUAAACUAUAUGCUUCAACUUGAUUAAUCGAGUUUGCAAAAUGCUAGUUGCAGCAUUUUCUCAGAUACCUUUUACAAUCUAGCAAAGAUGAAUUUAAUGUUUUGCUGAGAUAAUUAUUUUCAGUGCUUGUGGCUUUAGCCCUUGGGUUGACUUGAAUGAACAUUCAGAGGAGUGACUAUGUUAAGAAUGUUAAAAUAGAGGGCACAGGAUACCCAUCUCAGUCACACGAAAAGACUACAGACCUGUAUGAAACAUUACAAAAGUUAAAUACUUUUUGAAUAGCAUCUGUUUUUCUUGUCAAAUGAACAACUAAUAGGAUUGUGAAAAGAAUACAGGAAUAACAAAAGCGGUAUUGAAAUUGCGGUAUGGUCUACACAGUGGACUGAGUACAGGAAACUAUUUAUUUGUUACUGGUAUUAAUAAAGCGCCAGCAGAUUCCGCAGCACUGUACAAUUAGUGGAGGACACACAAAUACAAAGGUAGAGAGGGCCCUGCCCAUAAGCUGAUAUCUAGCCAUUGAAGCUCUUUUAUACAAAGUGCUUAGCUAAACUGCCCAUGAGCAUACAAUCUAAUGGAUACAGUGUGGAGACAACAGGUAGCAGUGGAAAUUUGGAAGGGAUGGCUAAAAGAAGUUCAGAGAUAGUCGCAGCUAUUGGUAAAGUGUAAAGGGAAUGAAGAGGUAAUUGGGUGAGAAUCUUAAACAGCUUGAGGGAGCAUGCUAUAAAUUUAGGGGGGGGGGCGGAGCGAAGGGGAAGAGCAGCCAUGUGUUGUAUACAAUUGAAAAGUUUAGCAACCAAAUUCUAUCACCCAAAAUAUUAAUAACUGUGUACAUGAAAUGACAAUAAUACAAACUGCAUGCACAGAAAAUUACAGUGGCACAUUACAGGUAUAAAUGGUAACAAUUCUAUAAUAACACAUGAUAAUAUGGUAGUAAUGCAAGAAUAAAUGAGGUGGAGUAUCCUUCAAGCUUCAGUCAGUACCUGAGACAUCAUUGACAUCAUCAGAAGUGGUAGCCUGAUCCGAUCACAAUGCUUCCCGAUAGGAUUGGCUUUGACUGACAAAGAGGCAUAUCAGGGGCAGAGCCAGAACACAGCCCUGGCCAAUCAGCAUCUACUCAUAGAGAUGAAUUGAAUCAAUGAAUCUCUCUAUGAGGAAAGUUCAGUGUCUGCAUGCAGAGGGAGGAGACACUGAAUGUUUGGAUGCAUUUUAGGCAGCCAUAACCCAGGAAGGAUCUCUAACAGCCAUCUAAGGAGUGGCCAGUGAAGUUAUCACUAGGCUGUAAUGUAAACACUUCAUUUUCUCUGAAAAGACAGUGUUUACAGCAAAAAGCCUGAAGAUAAUGAUUCUACUCACCAGAACUAAUACAAUAAGCUGUAGUUGUUCUGGUGACUAUAGUGUUCCUUUAAGUAAAAAAAAAAGCAAUGCUAGACCAAAGUUUCAAAAGUGCAACAAUCAUCAGUACUACUCCAUUAGAUUAUAUAGCAAUUUCUUUGUGUUUAGACAUUUUUUUUUUCUAUUAUUGCACUAUUCUACAUAACCAUGUUAGUAAGUAUAGCUAUGCAUAUGUCAACUGAUACAGCUUAACCCAUCUAAUAAAGUUACAAUUUUAGACUAUAAUGUACAAGUGAAGAUUCAUGUGAUUGCCAUGUUUACAUAUAUUGUUAGUUGUGGGCAUAGCAACAUAGACAAUAUAGACAAAUAAUUCUUAGACCAACACAACCUACCCAUUGAGAGCUUUAUACAGAUGGCUGAGUUGUUAUGGCACCAUGGCUAGUUAAUUGAGAUUGAGUGGCCUGGGAGUCUAUAGUGUUCCUUUAAGAAAAAUUACCAAAGAGCUGCAACCUAUCCUCCACAGAGACCAUAUACUGCAAGCAGUGUUUCCAAAACCACCAAUCCUCUCACACAGGUAAUCUCUAAACAAAUUAUUAUUUUUAAAAUUAAGACAUCUGACAGAGCCCAGCAACACAAGCAUGUUCUUUUAUGCGCAGAAAAUGUUCAAGACCUGAUAACUAGUGAUGUCCCGAAUGGUUCGCCACAAACGGUUCGCCGCGGACCAUUGAGUAAACUUUGACCCUGUACCUCACAGUCAGCAGACACAUUCCAGCCAAUCAGCAGCAGACCCUCCCACCUCCUGGACAGCAUCCAUUGUGAAGCUGCAUUCUUAGUGAGCUGUUCAGGAGGUGGGAGGGUCUGGGAGGGGGGGUCUGCUACUGAUUGGCUGGAAUGUGUCUGCUGAUUGUGAGGUACAGGGUCAAAGUUUACUCAAUGAUGAGUCCGCGGCGAACCGUUCAACGACCCGUUCGGGACAUCACUACUGAUAACACAUUCUCAUUUAAAUAAUUCAACCACCCAACAAACAGAAGGAAUCAAGAAUUCGAGGGUCCUUCACCUUCGCCUCAACAAACAUAGCGUACAUCAUAAUGUGCACCAACUGCAAAAAUGUUGAAUAUACAGUGCAAAAGAAUGAACCUGUAUCACUAUACAAUUAUUAUUUAUUCUUAUUUAUAUAGCACAAUCAGAUUCCGUAGCGCUGUACAAUGGGUGGACUAACAGACACGUAAUUGUAACCAGACAACUGGACGUACAGCAACGGAGGGGUGGAGGGCCCUGCUCAAUGAGCUUACAUUCUAGAGGACAACCAAGACAAUUACACUUUUGUGGGCAAACAUUUCAUCAGCCCAGGCCACAGCCUUUAAGAAAUGAAAUUGUCCAUACUAAAGGGCAACUUUAAAUCACUGACUGAAAGAAGUCUGAGAAGUCACGUUUAUAAACGUAUUUUUAUGUUCAUGGGUGCCUAUACUAACAUAUAUAUUGAGCUCUCUAUAACUGACACAGAGGCCAAAUGGGGGUCAUGCAUAUCCCCACAGAGCUGUCGCCUAUAUCAAUUGCCCUCCAUAUAUAAAAGAUAAAGAGAUUCUGACACUGACCAAAACAUAACUUCACACAUAGUUUGGAAUCAUUACAGGUAUAUUGAUCAUUUUCCCUCAUAAACUGUUUCAACCUAUUGUCAAUCGUGUGUUUUUAUAAUUUUAUUUUUUAUAUUUCCUCUAUACCAGUGUUUCCCAAACCAGUCCUCAAGACCCACCAACAGUCCAGAUUUGGUCAUAACUCCAUUGGAAUAAAACCAGAAAAUACAUUGCUUCCAUUGAGCUACGGAAUUUGAUGACGCUAUAUAAAUAAUUAUCCUGGAUUGCUGGUAGGCCAUGAGGACUUGUUUGGGAACCACUGCAUUAUGCUGUGUAUAAAGCCACAUUCAACAGACAAGUCCUGAAAGCUUGCACAUUAUUGUCCAUUCAGCACAUUAGUGUCCUGAAAGCUUGCAAAUUAUCCUUAUAUCGUUCUCCAAUAAAGCACCAAUACAAUGUUUAUACUGGUCCUGUAUAUAUUUGUAUAGCCCUGUCCUGUCCACUCUUUUUAUACUUUUUUUUUUUUCUUAAACAAAUUAUAUAUACAUUUUUUUUUUUUUUUUUCAGAUUUAAAUUCUUCAAUUCCCUUUCUUAAAGUGGAUGUCACCAAACUGAUAGUACUGCUUGCAUCUGUGCCCCCGAUGCCCCCCUAACCAUUUUCAUAUCCCAGGAACCAGCUUUAUCUACUGGUUUUCUUUCUAGGUGCUGCCAUCUUUAGGUUUCUAAAAUGGCAGUGCUCAUAAAUGGUAUUGUAUGCGCAUAAUGAAUUGAACAUUUGUCUAUCUAUCUUACUAUAUAUGUAUAUUUUCAAAGAGACCAUAAAAAAUAAAUUUGUAAUUAUUUAUAUUCUCUUUCAAAUUAAGCAUAUUUUUCAAAAUACAGACUAAAGGCCAACGGGAGACGGGCAGACAGAUCUGUUUUAGUUCUUUGCGUUCCGUAUUUAAGACUUGGUACGUACAUUUGAAACACAUACUCGAGGUCUUAUUGUUUCAUAUAGAGGCAAAGUGUUCAUCAUGUGAAUUAAUAUCUAUUUUUAUGCAUGACUAUACCUUCCUGACAUUUGCAGCUGCUGACUUGCAUUACACAUGUACAUUGCCUAAUAUAAUUAUUACUGCUAAUAAAGACAAGACUGCAGAAACCAUGUGAGGUCAGCAGCCAAUCAAAUUCAGCGACAUGCAGAACAGGUCCCACAUCACUGUGCAGAAAAUGAAAAAUGACUCUUUGAAUUCCUGGAUGAUGCUAUGUGGUCAUGACUCGUUUUACAUAUUUUACAUGUUUAAAAAAAAAAAAAAAUGUUGAAUAGAUUUUCUAAAUAAUCAACACAGCGUAAGCAUAUCUUUUAGGUGAUAUAUGAUGAUGCAUAGAUUAAUAUUUUUUUGACAAGAUGAAAAUAUUACAGUUCCUUUUUAAUUUUUAAGUUGUCCAUUUUGUGAUGGUUUAGCAUAGGACUUAAUUUGUACAUGGGGGUACGUUUGAUUCACCUGUUGGCCAACAUACCUCAGGGUCUGAGCAGGACAGAUUGCAGAGAGCUUUGAUAGGCAGAUAGCUAGGAGAAGAAAUGAGUUCACACGGACACCAUGUCUGUAAAAGUCAGGGUUCUUAUAGACCUUUCAUUCAAUGGAUUCCAAUGAGAGGUAUGAAACUAAACAAUUUCAUUGUUAGUAUAUUAUCUGCCUUUUCCUUGAUCAGUAUUUUAUCUGCUAGUUCUAAAUUGUCAUUUUUAUGUAUAAACGGCUGGUGCUUUUAAAGUUUACUUUGACAGCAGUAAGCAGGCUUGUAAGGCGUGUAUGUACUCCGAUUAAUCAAUCACUUUGUCAGUUUUGUAAGUUAGCUAACAUGAGCUUAAUAAGCUUAACAAAGUUUUAAAGACUGUUAUUUGUAGACUACAAAUAACCGUUUUUAAAACUUUGUUACACUUAUUAAGCUCAUGUUAAAAAAAAAAAAAAAAAUCAUCCCCUUAAAUCAGGGCUUGACAAAUUUGCUAGGAAUCUAGGAGCCAGCUAAAAAAGUUAGGAGCUAUUUAUUUAUUUAUUUAAAACUAACAAAGCUUUUAUUUUCAACAAAAAAAUACAAUUCUUAAAGAGACACUAUAGUCACCAGAAUCACUAAAGCUUAAUGUAGUUGUUCUCGGGUCUAUAGCCUGGCCCUGCAAGCUUUUCAGUGUAAACCCUGCCUUUUUAGAGAAAUUUACAUUGCUGACUAGCAACACCUCUAGUGACAGUCACUCAGACGACGACUAGAGAUGCUUCCUGGGUCAGUGUUGCACAGUGUGUAGUACCUACGUUCAGUGUCUCCAUGCUCAACAUGAAGGCGCUGAAUUUCUCAAUAGAGAUACAUUGAUUCAAUGAGUCUCCUAUGAGGAGAUACUGAUUGCCGCAACGCUGUUUUGUCUCGCAUGCACAAUAGUCUCUGAAAGCAUUGGAUUGGUUGAGUUAAUCAAGAUUGAUUAUCUCUGCAGCAAGAGUGGCAUGGUGUGGGGAAAAACACCUUUUGCCAUACGAUCGGAGGUAGCCGUUCACCUAAAGAGACACUCAUUUGCUGACACAUUUUCUCAUACAUUCACAAAUUAUUUUUAAUUAAAAUUUUAGUCCACUUUGCCUCCCUACCUUUGGGAGAGUUGGAGUGGGUCCUUUCCCUAGGGUCUAGCGUGGCUGCUGUAGCUCUUCUUGCUCUGCUCCUUGGCACACUGUUUAGUGAUGACUGGGCUGGACUGACGUCAUAUCCGGUUCCUGGUAUCACAGCAGGGCAUGCAAGGGAACAGAGCAUGAAGAGCAGAAAGAUCACAGCUCCCCCACCACCCGCCUCCAUUCUCCUUCAGUUGGCUGGCUGCCUCCACUCCAGCCGCUGAAUGGGUCCACAAACACCUUGGCGCCUAAGAUUUGUCAACCCUGACUUAAUUUACUAUUGACCGGUAUUCUUUUCUAGAAAUUCGCUUCUACAUUUAAAGCUAUUUGGUUUUAGGCUCUUGUGCAUCCUUCCUUAUUUUCCAGAUCUUUUUGCCCUUUUGUAUUUAAAGUGAAACUCUUUCAAACUCGUGCUUGUAAUGUUUUCUUUAUUUUUUUCCUUUACAUUUUAUAGUUCACUUUUUUUAACUUUUUCUUUUAAUUUUAUUUAUUAAUUUUAUAAACCUGAAUGCCUUUUUUCCUUGCAAACAGUAAUUUUAGAGUUCUAUUGGGAACACAACAUUGUCAGUAUUGAGAACCUUUUGCUUUUUUUAAUUUACAAUGGAAAAUGUAUUUUGGAAAUUGCAGGUUGUGGUUGGCCUGUCACCACCUACUCUCUGUAGAAACAUUUUUUUUCAGUGACCAUGAGUUUUAAAAAUUGUAAUGUGAUUUCGAUGAUUGCUGCACUCUCAAAGAAAAACUAAACUAUAGUAAUCACAAGUAAAAUUACUGUGCCUUGUUUAGAGAAAAUAAUAUUUUUGUUUGGUUUACUGUUUUCAAAUAUGCAUGGUAGGCAUGCAUAGUAAAAAGAUCCUGCUAGCCGUAUUAAGAAAGGAAAGGUAAGCAAUCUCCACAACCAAAGAUAUAACCAAGGACAAUUUCACAUCGUAUACAAGUAUGCCUUUAUUGGCAUGAAAUCAAGUAGUUGUUUUUUUUUUUGUUUUGUUUUUUAGUAUGUGCACAAUGGAUUAUUAAGUUAAAUAUUAACAUUGUGAUCUCGAAGGAAUACUCCAAGCACCGUAACCACUACAACUUACUCUACCCAAGUGUACCCUAGGUAAGAAAUCAGACCGUUCCAAAUAAACGACACAAAAUAUGUUAAUAGCAUGUCUGGUAAACAUAGAAACAUAGAAUGAGACGGCAGAUAAGAACCAAUCGGCCCAUCUAGUCUGCCCAAUUUUCUAAAUACUUUCAUUAGUCCCUGGCCUUAUCUUAUAAUUAGGAUAGCCUUAUGCCUAUCCCACGCAUGCUAAACUCCUUUACUGUGUUAACAUCUACCACUUCAGCUGGAAGGCUAUUCCAUGCAUCCACUACCCUCUCAGUAAAGUAAUACUUCCUGAUAUUAUUUUUAAACCUUUGUCCCUCUAAUUUAAGACUGUCCUCCUUGUUGUGGUAGUUUUUCUUCUUGUAAAUAUAGUCUCCUCCUUUACUGUGUAGAUAGUCAUUUCAAGUUGCAUAAGCAGGAAUGUCCCUUUAACAUCAUCCUAAGUAAAAGAUCUGAUAUUCAGCAAUGCUUAUUACUUGGCAUUUGAAAAUAGUCUUUUUAAAAGGCAUUGGUGAUACAGUUUUUCCAAAUGAUCUACUUAACCAUUACUUAUCUUUUUGUAUUUUACAACAUUAUUAGUGUGGUUACAAUUUUUGCUCCAGUAGGCUAAAUUUGUUCCCCUUGAAACUGAGUCACCGUGGAAGAAAAAAGGUUUUAAAAAAACAAACAAAAAAAACUUUUUCUUAAAGGAUUUUAAAAAAAACCCAACUUUUUCUUCCCCCAAAAUACAGCAUAUACUUUUUUCCUCUGUCUAAUAUCCCGUUUUGCAGGUUUUAAUGUAUAUACAACAUAAUAGCAGUUAGUGACGUUAUAUUUUCAUUUUGUUUUCUAUACAGUACAUGCAACAUUUAAUAUAAUCUAGAAGCAGAAGAGAAAAAAAAUAAAAUGUACUGAGAAUCUAGUUUAUGUUGUGUUCAAUUUUGCAGAUAUUUUUCUACUGUAAAAUAAGUAUUUUACAGUAAACUGGAUGUCUGUAGAAUGGAGGUGACUUGCAACUAAAAUGAGUCCUGCAAAGUAAUUUUGAAUAUCUGGUCACUGGAAACCCCUACUGUAUAUUCGUGUAGGUAAAGUCUGAAUAUUUCCUAUUAAAGACUAAAAAAAAAAAAAAAGUGGGGUGGAGCGGGCGGUCUCAUGUAAUCAGUCACACAAAACACUCCUAAUCCCUGAAGAUUUUGUGUAUUUUACUAUUAAUUUUGCAUUUUUUAUAUCAAAAUGCAUGUUACCAAUAAAAUAUGUAUAGAUUGUUUCUGGUUUUGUUCAAAUGCAAUGGACAUUAUGACUUUUUUAUAUUUUUGUGUGCACAUUUAAACAUACAUUCUAAGCACCAUGAAUUCCCAUGAUUGUUGCCAUGUUUAUGGUUCAGGUUGAUCCACUUUCCUGACUCACUAAACUGGUUUUAUAGUUGCUUCUAACUGCGGUGAUUUUCAGAAAUCGCUGCAUCCAUUAGCCUACACCUUCAUCAAGAGUUGUCACUUCUACAUGCGCUCAUUAUAUAGUAUUCCAUAAAAGUCUCCACUUGUUAUAAUACUCAUCACUGCUUACUGUGAAGACAUCUGAACUGAUGUGCAUGCUUGCAUCUGUUUGCAUUACUUAAACCUGCUUUCAGCAAGGUGAUUGAAGCCGUAGUGUGGUUGCUCUUAGGCAGCAGUUCCCUUCAUCUCAUUCAUAUAUAUUUGAUGAAUGGAACUGGUGACGAGUGCAUAUUCUCUAUACUUCUGGUGUGGUAAAGUGCUAAACUAAAUGUCCUAUACACCUGUGCUGUGAAGAGUUAUAUGGAAUAAACUAACAGAGAGGGAUCAUCACGAUUGGCCCUGCAGAAACUUGUGAUUUUAAUUUAGUGUAAUACUCUAAGCACCUUAACCACUAUAGACCGUUGGCACUGCCCCAUGGUCAGUAGUAAACUUAUUUUGCGAACAGUAUGACUCUCUUACCUGUGCUUCUCUGACACCCACAGUUCUUUCUGUUUCUUUGAUAUCAAUUUUCUACAUCAUUCAUUGGAUGAGAGUGUUCAUUACAGUUUUAGAAGAGUAUUCCCCAUAAAGCUUUAUGGCUUUAGUAAAGUUUAGUUUUCAAGCCAUGUAACCCUAAAGAAACCCAUCCAUGUUAGAGAUUUUCAUGUCAACUUCUUUCCAUGUUUUACUUAUUUUGGCUCUAGAGUUUGGCUCCUGGGGAGCUAUUUUAUAGUGAAAUGCAUAGAAACCCGGGCUGAUUCUGCUUUUGUUUUGGUUUUAAGACCGAUGUUGAAAUCACUUUUUGUAUUGUCGCUUUAUUUAGAGAGUUUUGACUUUUUCCUUGUAUGCAGAGAUGAACUUAUUUCAUUUUAUCAAGGAAAACGGAAAAGGGGGGAUAUUGAAGAGGAAACCUCAAUGAUGACUAAGUUUAUGUUUGGUCUUGUGGACAUAAUCAGCCUGCAGUUCUGGUGUUGCAGAAAGAGUCUUGUUCAAUAUGAAUCCUGUGUAAUGUUUUGUACAUUUGGAAACUGAACCAUUUCAAAGAUGUGAAAGUUCAGAAUGAUCUUAACAUGUUCACUCAGCCUUCUGGUUGUGGUUUAUAACUUCUUUAUAAUCUAUUAUUUCUUUGAAGUUGCAGACAAGCAACCCUUUGAAAAGAGUGUCCUUAGAACCAUCAUACGUUCUGAAAUAUGAACAAGGCCUGUACAAGAAGAAAAAGAAUUUCUGCCUGAAAAAAUAUUGAAUGAGUUGGUGUUACUCAACUUGUUUUUGGCUAGAAGAACCCUUUUUAUCCUGCCUCCCACUAAAUAAAUUAACUUCCUUUGGAAAGAGUUCAGAGAAGGGCUACUAAACUGGUUCAUGGAUUGCAGGAUAAAACUUACCAGGAAAGGUUAAAGUAUCUUAACAUGUAUAGCUUGGAGGAAAGACGAGACAGGGGGAUAUCAUAGAAAUAUUUGAAAACCAUAAGGGAUUCAACACAGUAAAGGAGGAGACUAUAUUAUAUACUACCACAACAAGAGGACAUGGUCUUAAAUUAGAGGUGCAAAGGUUUAAAAAUAAUUUCAGGCAGUAUUACUUUACUGAGAGGGUAGUGGAUGCAUGGAAUAGCCUUCCAGCUGAGGUGGCAGCAGUGGUGGAUCCAGGGGGGCAACGGUCGAAACGUUGAUUGGUAUGUUCACUAUUUGAAUACAAAGAAUUUGCGUUAAAUCCAGUGAGUGCUCUCAUUUUUCCAUUUUUUUUCUAUAUAUAUACAUGUGGUUACACAUAGGCUUGCGAAUACCACAAGAGAAGUAGCAAGCGAUUCAUGUUACAGGUUAGAUAUAGUUUUGACAUGGUUUAUGAAGUAACUGCACAAUUUUUAAAAGUAAAAUCAAGCUGAAUAAUAAACAGAAUGGUCAAUAUUUCAAUAUGGAGUCACGUAACAGCGGUCUGGUUAAUCUAACUGGCUGUAUUAUAAGGCAUAUUUAAUGACAGGUUAUAUUCCAUAUAAGCUAGCUAUGCCACAACAGCUGUUGCUAGUGUUUCGAUAGUAGUGUAAAUUAUAAAGACAAUUGUUUGGCAUGAAUAACUGUGCACAUUUUAAAUCAAUGAAGAGUAAACAUAAGAAGACAGUAGGAGCACCAUUCUGUGAGAUUGAACGAGGAGAGAGUAAGAGGAGGUGUAGGAUAGAGCUAUAUGAGAUAACAAGAAGAAUAUUCCACUGGGUAAAUUUUUGUAGCCAUGUAGUCAAAGCAUAGAAAAACUUAAAUAUCAGGGCUGCAGCUAAUGUGGUGCUUAUGCAAACAGUGAGAGAACUGCUAGACUACUGGAAAGUCUUGUGGACCCCUCAGCCGACACCAAGAGUCCCAUCUGUCCCCUUUGUCAGCUAUUCCCAGGAGGCUCCUCCAUCCGCUCCAGACAGCCAACCAGUCCUGUGGUAUGUGUCUUACUGUGAUAGCUGGGGAUCAAUGCUUUGGCACCUCCGCUUCUCUGGUCAUGUUGCUUGGUGUAUAUGCAUCCCUAUGAGGCUGGUUGUGCUGCGGGUGAAGGGGUUCGCUUUGCCAUAGGUAAUGUGAGUUGCGGUAGGCAGGAAGGUCAGAGCGGCUGGUGAUGGUUGGUCACCGCGAUGGUUUCACGCACCUCCUCCAAGACCCCUUGGGGAGAUGUGGGGAGCGUGGAGGCUUGCGACUUCUGCGCACGGGAUGGCUCAGGGGGGCUGAGUUUUUGAAACGGUUACGGUUUUGAAACACUAAUAUUUGUGUUAAAGUCUUCCGAGUAUAACAGUACCCCCAUGUACAGGUUUUAUAGCGAUUUUUGAAAGUUACAGGGUCAAAUAUAAGGGUCAUAUAUUUUUACAUUGAAAAUUGCCCAGGAAUGAGAAUUACCCCCAUGAUGGCGUACCAUUUGCAAAAGAAGACAACCCAAUGUAUUGCAAAUGGGGUAUGUCCAGUCUUUUUUAGUAGCCACUUCGUCACGAUCACUGGCCAUAUUUAGCAUUCAAUUUAGUAUUUUACUUUUUCACACACAAACAAAUAUGAACGCUAACUUUGGCCAGUGUUUGUGACUAAGUGGCUACUAAAAAGGACUGGACAUGCCCCAUAUUGAAUACCCUGGGUUGUCUACUUUAAAAAUAUAUGUACAUGUGGGGUGUGAUUCAGAGAUUUACAACAGAUAAUAGUGUUACAAUGUCACUAUUGAUACAUUUUUAAAAUAUAUAUUUUGAAACCGCAAUUUACUAUUUGUACUUAUAGCCCUAUAACUUGCAAUAAAAAGCAUGUAAACACUGGGUGUUUUUAAACUCUGGACAAAAUUUUGAAUUUAUUUAGCAGUUUUUUUUUUUUCAUUAGCUUUCGUAGGUAAGUAAAAGAUUUUUCAAGCAAAAUUCAAAAAACAUGUUUUGGUUUUUUUUUUCAACUUUUCACCAUAUUUUAUUUUAGUUUUUUUUAAAGUAAAUUAUGACAUGAUACAAAUAAUGGUAUGCAAAGAAAGCCAUUUUUGUCCUGAAAGAAACCAUAUAUAACUUGUAUGGGAACAGUAAAUGAGAGAGAGGAAAAUUACAGCUAAACGCCACAAAAGUGUUAAAAGAGCCCUGGUCCUUAACGUACAACAUCGCAAAAACAAGCCGGUCCUGAAGGGGUUAAAACCUUGCUAACUAGAAAAACCUUUCACAAGUGUCAGAAAUGGCAUCUCUUGCUAAUGAUUAUCACCACCUCAUUUUGCCCUGCACUAAUUUCCUAGUUCAUGCUGGGCAAUGUCAAGUAAAAGGCUUCUCAAAGUCAAUAUUUGCAAAUGAGUUGCACAUGGGAGACUUUUAUCAAUUUAGUGUGUCUUAUAGAGAUUUCUGAAACCGAUCAGGAGAAAAUGCCUUCAAAACUAAAAUUCUAAAGAUAUCUCUUCUCGUUUGGCAUGCUUUAUAUGCUGGUGUCAAACUACAGACAGAAUGUAUAUGUCUUGGAGGGAAAAUCUAUUGUUCCUGCCAACUGAAGAAUUGGGGGGUGGGGGGGAGAGAGAGAGGGAGGCACUAUGGGAAAAGGUAAAAAAAAAUGAUCUCCAUAUGUAAAAUCAGGGUGAGAUUUAUCAAGUUAAUACAGGUUCUAUUCUGGGGCAACUAAAUGUUGAGAGAGAUUCCCUCAAAAUAGCAGCUCUUUUCAUCUUGAUAAAGCUCAGCAUUUAUAGCCAAAACACUGCAGGAACUGGACAUUUACACCAUAACCAGUUUAAUAAGCUGAAGUGGUUUAAUACUUGACCCUGAAAGAGGAACUGAUACUUUUCAGAAUGAUUGUUAUUAUUAGGAUUACUCAACCCUAUAUUUAAGAAAUAUGUAUUUUUGAGAUGUGAAAAAUAAAAGGACUUUGAAAACAUGCCAAUAGUAAAUAUGGUAUAUUUUUGUUGUUAGGGUAUUUUUGAGUCUUUUAUUUAGAUUAGGUUUUACAGAUAGAAGUAUACUUGCGAUUUUAGAGUUGUAACAGUGGUCUCAUCAGUUGUAAAAUGACAUACAAAUCUUUAAAGGGACACUAUAGUCACCAAAACAACUUUAGCUUAAUGAAACAGUUUUAGUGUAUAGAUCAUGCCCCUGCAGUCUGUGUACAUUUCUCUGCCAUUUAGGAGUUAAAUCACUUUGUUUAUGAACCCUAGUCACACCUCCCUGCAUGUGACUUGUACAGCCUUCCUAAACACUUCCUGUAAAGAGCCAUCUAAUGUUUAUCCUUCCUUUAUUGCAAGUUCUGUUUAAUUUAGAUUUUCUUAUCCCCUGCUAUGUUAAUGGCUUGUUAAACCCUGCAAGAGCCUCCUGUAUGUGAUUAAAGUUCAUAUUACAGAGCAAGUGGCAAGUGCUUAAUAAACAGAAACAAAGUGAUUUAACUCCUAAAUGGCAGUGGAUUGCGCAGUGAAACCUGAGAGGCAUGAUCUGCAUACCAAAACUGCUUCAUUAAGCUAAAGUUGUUUAGGUGACUAUAGUGUUCCUUUAAAUAUGUAUUUAGCUGCAUCACUGGCUGACAUGGUAUAAACCCACAUAGAAUUUACAUUUUUAUGCUUCCAUUUCUCUAUUUACAAGGUGAUGUUUCUCUGUUUAUGGCACAAAAAAGUUACCUUAACCGGGCACAUUAAUUAAUAAUGGAAAUUCUACAUCUGUAUGUGUUUAAAUUAUCUUGUUAAGCCGUACUGUAACUGUGCAAGAUGAGCUGAAUGAUUUCCAUACUGGUGAUUUAGAGCAAGUCCUGCUUAUCUCUGUUCUAGGUGUUUACCCUAUGCUAGACCUUCCGUCCUGGACAGCUGGGAAGCUGAUGGUGUCACACACUAAUUUUAGCACAAGAAGUUAUCUUAUCACUUUACCUAUUGUUGAUUUCAAUUACAUAUUUAACCACUUAAGUACUAAUCAUAUUAAUUUUUCAGAAGCACAGUGUAGUCUAAGUUCUGAUGCUGGCAUAGAACAGAUACAUACAACAGUGAUGUCCGUUAAAGAAUGGUUCAUUUUAGUGGUGUAAUUCAACAACCUCUGGGAAUCUUCAUUUGACUACCUCUGCUUUAAGGUGUGAAAUAUUAUAAGCCAGGGCUUGACAAAUUUGCUUUGAAUCUAGGAGCCAGCAAAAUAAGUUAGGCCAGGUUUUUCAUUAUCAAAAAUACAAUUCUUAAACCGACAGUGGCGUACACAUGACCCAUGGGGCCCCGGUGCGAAAAUUGAUCCGUGGCCCAGCGGGCCAGGCCGCAACACAUGGCGGUGGGCACCUGGUCGCAGGGGUUACAGGGCUGCGACCCCUGCGACCGCGGUAUGUACGCCAGUGCAUGCAUGCACACACACUUAAAGGACCACUCUAGGCACCCAGACCACUUCAGCUUAAUGAAGUGGUCUGGGUGCCAGGUCCAGCUAGGGUUAACCCAUUUUUUCAUAAACAUAGCAGUUUCAGAGAAACUGCUGUGUUUAUGAAUGGGUUAAGCCUUCCCCUAUUUCCUCUAGUGGCUAGUGUCCCAUUGACAGCCGCUAGAGGCGCUUGUGUGAUUUUCACAGUGAGAGCACGCCAGCGUCCAUAGGAAAGCAUUAUGAAUGCUUUCCUAUGUGACCGGCUGAAUGCGCGCGCAGCUCUUGCUGCGCGUGCGCAUACAGCCGACGGGGAGGAGAAGAGGAGGAUCGGAGGAGGAGAAAAGGUAAGUUUUACCCCUUUCCAGAGCCGGGCGGGAGGGGGUCCCUGAGGGUGGACCCCCUCCCGCUGCUAUGUUUCACUGAGGGUUAAUCCAGCCUCUAGUGGCUGUCUCACUGACAGCCGCUAGAGGAGCACACUGAACCUCCAUAGGAAAGCAUUGAGUAAUGCUUUCUUAUGGGCGGUUUGAAUGCGUGCGCGGUCGCAUUCGGAGCUGAGAGGCUGAGGGAUCCUCAGUGCCAAGGGAGUCCGGCGCUGGAGAAAGGUAAGUGCUGAAGACACACACACUUACAGACGCAUACACACUAGCUAACAGACACACACAUUUACUGACAGAGACACAGUCAGCGACAGACAUACAUACAUACACACUCACAAAACAUACACUCUCAUUGACACACACACACUCAGUAAGACACACACACUCACUGACACUCACUAGCAGACACACACACACACUAACACUCACUCUAACACUCACACACACACUAACACUCACUCUAACACACACUCACUCUAACACACACACACACACACACUAACACUCACACACACACAAACACUCACACACACUAACACUCACACAUGAUUUUAUUUUAUUUUUUAAAUGUAAUCCCCCCAGCCUCCUUACCUUUUGGAGUGCUGGGGGGGAUUCCCUGGGGUCCAGUGGUGCUGCUGGGCUCGCGGGUGGCCGGUCGGGCAGGCAGGCAGGCGGGCGCGCGAGGGAGCACUCAGUGCUUCCUCUUCAGCUCCCUCGCGCGCCGCGCAGGGAUGCCGGCGCCGGAAGAUGACGUAAUCUUCCGGCUCCGUUAUCAGUGCGGUGCGCGAGGGAGCUGAAGAGGAAGCACUGAGUGCUCCCUCGCGCGCCCGCCUGCCUGCCCGACCGGCCACCCGCCCAGGAGUGUGUGUGUGUGUGACAGCAGGGCCAGCCUCGGGGGGCCCUGGGGUGGUCGGCUCCUGGGCCCCCCAGGGGAAGAGGCUGGCCCUGGGCGUACAUACCGGGUCGCAGGGGCGGCCGGGCCCCUUGGUGGGCCGGGCCCGGUCUCAGCCGCGACCCCUGCGACCCUGGUAUGUACGCCACUGUAAACCGACACUAUAGUCACCAGAAACACUACAGCUUAAUGUAGUUCUUUUCGUGUCUAUAACCUGUCCCUCCACACUUUUUAAUGUAAACACUGCCUUUUCAGAGAAAAGGCAGUAUUUAGAUCAGGGGUUCUCAACCCAGUCCUCAGGACCCCCUACCAGUCCAGGAUUUGGGGAUUACCUGGGUGUGUCUAAGGUGUUUAGAAAAAGACUCUAAGGUGUUUUUUUUUUUUUUUUCUAAACACCUUAGACACACCCAGGUAAUCCCUAAACCCUGGACUGGUAUGGGGUCCUUGAGGGCAAGGUUGAGAACCGCUGAUUUAGAUUGUUGCCUAGUAACACUUCUAGUAUAAGUCACUCAGACGACCUGUAGAGUGCGUCCUAGGUCAGUGCUGCACAGUAUACAGCACCUACGUUAAGCAUCUCCACGUUAUGCAUGGAGGCGCUGAAUGUUCCCCGUAGAGAGGCAUUCAUGCAAUUAAUUUCUGAGGAGAUGCUGAUUGGCGCAGCUUGGCAUUUUGCCACACAUGCGCAAUAGCCUCCCAAUGCUUUUCUAUGGAAAAGCAUUGGAUUGGAUGAGAUCAAGAUUGAUCACAGUAAUGGAGACCGGGCUGGUUGCGGCCAGACCAGCACAGCGUGGGGGGAAAAAGGUGAGUAAAAACCCCUUACACGUGUGAUUGAAGGGGGACCAGUCACCUAAACACACAUUCACUCACUGACACACUCACUCAUUGACACACACACUCACUGAAACACACACACUCACAUUCACUGUCCCUGCAAUAACAACACACAUUAAGGGGACCACCCAGCCUUCCUACCUGGAGCUGGAGUAGUUUGGCCAUCCCUGGGGUCCAGUGGGGCUUCAGUCAUCUACCUGCUCUGCUCCAUAGAGCACUGUUUAGUGGUACUGGGGCCGGAAUUAUAUCAUUUUCUGGCUCCCGGCAUCACUGGAGGAUGUGCGAGGGAGCAGAGCAGGGAGGGAGGGAGGUUACAGCUCCCUCGCACGCUUGCCCGUCUGUCUUAAUCCUACAGGAGCCCUGUGCAAACACCCCAUGCUCUCUAUCAGAUGGCUGGACCGCAAAUGCUCUCCUUUUUGCCGUCCAGCUUUAUGAGCCUGCCGGCCGCCUCCACUCAUAGGCGGCUGACCACCUCUGGCUGAAUGGGCCAACAAAUGGGAUUUGUCGAGCUCUGCUAUAAGCAGUAUUGGCGGGGGGCGCUGCACUUAUGUUGUUUAAAGUGACCAUUUAAAUAUGUUGUAAUAUUUGAUGUGCUCUGAAUGAGCUAUAUGAGGGCAUUUGAAAAAUGUCUGUAAUCAAAGAAGCGUUGUCAUGUAUAGGAAAAUAAUUAUAUUUUCUGAUCAGGCAGCACAAGUCACUAGACAAAAAAAAAAGUGCAGUUUGACUUGUGCUUUGACUGUUCCUCCUAUGUGAUCUGUGUCUUCUGUUUAAUUAUUUUUACAAGGAAAGAACAUAUUUGAUAUCACAAAAAUCCUAAAACAAGUCUGUGGUACAAAGCUUGGCAAAUAUUGCAGUUCCUAUGUUUAAAUUAAAAUAACUCCUAUUCAGGAGAUAUUAGGGUUAUGUAUAAAGUGUCUUUAAAAAAAGUCCCUUUUUUGGAGCUAUUCUCCUUUGCACCUUUUUAUUCCUUCUUUUUGUGCCAAAAUAUUUCUUACUGAGCCUCUAGCGACGUAUUAUUUUCCUGUUCCAUUUUGGCACUUUUUCGGUUCGAUCUGUCACUCCCAAUAUAUGAGCCGUGCAAGAAUGCGACUUUGUUAGAGUAGAAGAUUUUAUUUUUUUUUUGUUCCGAAGUAAGCAGCUUUCACUGUCUGUUUAUAUGUUAAAGGGGCACUCCUCUGCCCAAAUAAAAAGAAAACUAAAAUAUUUAGUAGAUAUUACCCAUUGAAAACAUGCAUGCAUUUAAUUUUUUACAUUUUUUUUAUUUUUAUUUUCACUGGGGUAUAUUUCAAUUAGCUUGUAAAAGCUGCAGGUCUUGUGUCUGAAGCCUUUGCAAGCCCCGCCCUUCAUCCUGACCAACCUUAUUGCUAACGGCCUUCUUAUUGGUCUGUAGGAUCCACUCGCUACAUCCCCUAUAACACUAUGCCCCCUAUCAACACACUCUCUACAGCCCCUAGCCACACAUAUUACACCACAAACACAAAUUAAAUUGACCUAUUUACAGAAUAUCACACCACACUUUACACACACGCAAUCCCACAAGCAGGCUCCAAACACAUGCACCAUACACUUUUGUCCUAUGGUAUCCCACUUGUGGAGACACCAGAGACAAUUUAAAAGCAAACACAGCGCAAGCAUGUUAUUAAAUUUGCUUGCGCUGCUCAGAACAAAUACAGGGCCUUUUUCUAAUGCCAGAGCUCUUCAGCGGGCCUCUGCGCAUUGAACUAAUAUGCUCAAUUUGAGAGGGGGCGUGCUUGUCAUUAAUGAUGAAAAAAAACACACCCUCUCUGGCCCCGCCACUUUCUCAGGGUGCCACUGUGAUUGAAAAAUGCCCGGGCCGAAUUUUUUUCCCAGUCCGGCCCUGAAAAUAGGUGUCAACAUGAAGUGAAGAAGUGGCGUGAAACCUAUCAGAAAAUAUUCAGCUCCAUGUUUCCUGCAAAUCGUAGCAGAAAACACACAGCUGUACAUUUCCCAUAACUCCCCUAUAGUUUUACACGUAAAAGAGAAGAUUGUACAUGCACAAUAGAUCUGCUUGCAUCUUCACAUAGACUUGAAAACAGAACAUCAAAACACAAUAGUGACAUCCCAGUUCAGUUAAAUUAACCCCUUAACACCGUUACGGCGUUCUAUGCCAUUGCGGCUUUAAAGCCGUUGCGGCGGCAUAGAACGCCGUAAUGGCUUUCAGCCCCAGGGGAUCGCAGCUACUUACCUCCGCUGCGAUCCUCUUCUGGUGGGCUGCCUGACUGCCCAGGCAGCCCUCCCCCGGCGAAUGAGGCCCCCGGGGGCCAUGUGAUCGCUCUCAAAGAGCGAUCACAUGGCCCCCCAUAGCUGGCUGUGGAUCUGCCAGCAGGGGGACUGUCUGAAAUAUCAGACAGUCCCCCUGCUGGUGGGAAAUGAAAACAAUAAAAAAAAUAAACAUGUGUAAAAAUAAAUAAAUUUAAAAAAAAUGUCAUACGUUGUGUAUUUUAAUACUAAUAUUAGUAUAUAUAUUAAUAUUAAAAUACACUUAGAAUGACGAGAUAUAUAUAUAUAUAUAUAUAUAUAUAUAUAUAUAUAUAUAUAUAUAUAUAUAUAUAUAUAUAUACAUAUACGUAUAAUUACAUUAAUAAAUAAAAUACCGUAUAUACUAGAGUAUAAGCCGACCCGAAUAUAAGCCGAGGCCCCUAAUUUUACCACAAAUACUGGGAAACCUUAUUGACUCGAGUAUAAGCCUAGGGUGGGAAAUGCAGCAGCUACUGGUAAAUUUCUAAAUUAAAUUAGAUCCCAAUAAAAUUACAUUAAUUGAAUAUUUAUUUACAGUGUGUGUAUAGAAUGAAUGCAGCGUGUGUGUUUGUGUGUGUGUGUAUAUAUAAUGAAUGCACUGUGUGUUUGUGCAGUGUGUGUAAACUGGAUGAGGGGAGGGCAUUUUUAUUUUAAUAUUAUUAUUUUAAUAAUAUUAUUAUUUUAAUAUUUGCAUUAUUGUCCCCUCUCCCUGCUUGUUGCCUGGUCAGGGAGGGGGGACAAAUUUUUUUUUUUAAAUAAUUCAAAUAUUAAAAUAAUAAUAAUAUAAUAUUAAAAUAAUAAUAUAUUAUUAUUUUAAUAUUUGCAUUAUUUAAAAAAAAUAUUUUUUGUCCCCCCCCCCUCCCUGGCCAGGCAACAAGCAGGGAGGGGGGACAAAAAACAUUUAAAAAAAUAAUGCAAAUAUUAAAAUAAUAAUAAUAUAAUAAUAAAAUAAUAUUAAAAUAAUAUUAUUUUAUUAUAUUAUUAUUAUUAUUAUUAAUUUAAUAUUUGCAUUAUUUUUAAAAAAAAUGUUUUUUGUCCCCCCCUCCCUGGCCAGGCAACAAGCAGGGAGGUGGGACAAAAAAAACAUUUAAAAAAAAUAAUGCAAAUAUUAAAAUAAUAAUAUAAUAUUAUUAUUAUUAUUAUUAUUAUUAAAAUAAAAUAAUACUGAAUCCCUGGUGGUCCAGUGGCAUUGGCAGUUCAGUGGGGGGCUGACAGGGAGCUCUUACUUACCUUCCUGCAGCUCCCUCCUCCGUGCAGCUCCGUUCCGUUUACAGUGUAAGUGAGAGACUUACACUGGGAGCAGAACGGAGCUGACCGAGGAGCUGCACGGAGGAGGAGGGAGCUGCAGGAAGGUAAGUAACAGCUCCCUGUCAGCCCCCAACAGGACCGCCGGGCUUCUAAUGAGCCCGGCGGUCCUGGUCUGUAUUGUGGCAAUGUAAGUUGCCACAAUACAGACAUUGACUCGAGUAUAAGCAGAGUUGGGGUUUUUCAGCACAAAAAAAUGUGCCGAAAAAAUCGGCUUAUACGCGAGUAUAUACGGUAAUAAAAUAUUGAAACAAAAUUUUAUUAAAAUUAUAUAUUCAUAUGUAAUUUCAUUCUAACUGUAUUUUGUUAUUAAUAUAUAUAUAUAUAUAUAUCUAUAUCUGUGUGUGUGUGUAACAAAAUACACUUAGAAUGACAUUCUAUAUAUAUAUAUAUAUAUAUCUAUCUAUAUUUAAAAUACAAAUAACCGCAAAUAUAUAUAUAUAUAUAUAUAUAUAAUUACAUAAAAGAUUACAUUAGUAUACACGUAGAAUUAAAAUAUCUAUAAAUGCAUAUAUAUUAAAAUUCUACGUGUAUAUUUAACUAAUUUUUUAACAUAAUUAUGUGAUUUGAUUAAUUAAAAUUUGAUUGACAUGCCUGACAACACAGGGAGAAAGUGCAGAGAAUUUAAUUCGCAAGCACUAUAUUUGACCCUGUAACUCUCCAAGACACCAUAAAACCUGUACAUAGGGGGUACUGUUUUACUCGGGAGACUUCGCUGAACUCAAAUAUUAGUGUUUUAAACUGGUAAAUUGUAUUACAGCGAUGAUAUUUUAAGUAAAAGUUACGUUUUUUUUGCAUUUUUUACAAACAAACAGCACUUUUAUGGACUAUAUUAUUGUUAUAUGUUUUACUGUUUUAAAACACUAAUAUUUGUAUUUAGUGAAGUCUCCCGAAAAUAACAAUACCCCCCAUGUACAGGUUUUAUUGUGUUUUGGAAAGUUAGAGAGUCACAUAUAAGGCUUGCUUUUCAUUUUUUUGACAUUGGAAUUUGCCAGAUUGGUUAUGUUGCCUUUGAGACCGUAUGGUAGCCCAGGAAUAAGAAUUACCCUCAUGAUGGCGUACCAUUUGCAAAAGUAGACAACCCAAGGUAUUGCAAGUGGGGUAUGUCCAGUCAUUUUUAGUAGCCACUUAGUCACAAACACUGGCCAAAUAUUAGUUUUUUGCUUUUUUCACACAAAAACAAAUAUGAACGCUAACUUUGGCCAGUGUUUGUGACUAAGUGGCUACUAAAAAAGACUAAACAGCAGUGAAUUAUGGGUGAACAGACAUAUAGCGCAAAUUCCAGUUUUUGUUUACGUUUUGUUUUGAUCAGAACGUGUACUAUUGACUCCGUCCUGAAGGGGUUAACCUUCUCAAAAAAAAAUAAAAACAUUUUGGAGAUUGAUAUAGCAGAUAUAUUUUUCUCAAAGUUUGAAUAAGACCAAGACUGCAAGUAGUCUAGUUAAUAACAGACUAUAAAAAACAAAACAAAACCAGAACACAUUAACUAUACGAUAAUAAUGUGAUUAUUGUAUAAAACACAUUUAGGGAUCUCGUAUGACUGAAUAAGAUUGUGACUGAUAAGGUGUAUUGGAAAACACAGGACAAAACCAUUUGGUGAGAAGAUGGACACCUCUAGUUGGUAAAGGGGAGGAAAUGUGAUUUGUACAGCCCAUGAUACUUCUUUUUGUAUUUUGUGUGAGAACAUUGAUAUUACCCAUUUACGGCGCUACGGAAUUUGCUGGCGCGAUAGAUAUAUAUAGAUAGAGAUAUAUAUAUAUAUAUAUAUUAAUAGUAGUAACACAUACUGAAGGCUCUACUGACUAAAUGCCACAUAUAAUACAGCAGAGUCUGCUAAAUAUCCCAACUUGCAAAACCUCAUUUUAGGGACGUGGCUGCCCCCAUGCACACUCCUCCCCGCGCGCGCGUGAACACACACACUCUACAACUAUUUACACACACACAGAUAUACACAACUUGACACACAGUUACACACACUGACACAUACAUCAGAACACAGAUGCUCACACUGGCACAUAUACACACUGGCACAUACACACAAUCUGACCUACCAGGAGUCUUGGGAUAUCAUCAAAGGGUAAUGGAGAGUGUAAAGAGUACAGGUGCAGUUCCCUUCGUCUGGAUCAAACAAAUAAAUGGGAUUCGGUUGCAGUUCAGCUUUUAGCAAAUUUUUGCUUUUCACAAAUUGUAUAAAGGUUUGGCUGGUUUUAAAAGUUUAUCAAAUAGCAGAUGAAUGAAAGUGUAAAUUUACCUUUUGUGAAUGGCCAAAUGGGUUUUAUAUCAGCUGAACUUGGACAACCAAAAGUUAUCCAGCUGCUGUCUUGUCACAUAGUAAAUAGACCUUUUGCAUAUUUGGCAUCAGCAUUUCCACGUAUCCUUGAAUUUUGGUUGGCAACUUACAUGGAAAAUAAACCAAAACAAAACAGAGGCAUACCUAGAGUGCAAAAACAUUGGAUCAGCAACUGGGAAACUAGAAUAAUUAUUUAGUAAACAAGGAAAUGUGACCUUUUAGGCUGCGAUAGUCAAGCUGGGAAAAACAUCCAAAAAUAGUUGUUAGUGUUGUACAGAUUGAUAUAUAAUGCUGAUUCACUGAAGAUCUUCACUUUUUUUUUUUUUUUUUCUAAAUUUAUUUAUUUUUUAUUUCAUUUCUUUGUAUUCUUUUGUUGAGUGAAUGACCUUAGUUUAUUCUACAUACCUACCUUUAUCCAAAUCUCAUCUGGAUUUUAUACCCUGGGAUAAAAGUUUUGUGUUUGUUUAUUUUGUGUUGAAGAGGAGAAGCAAGACCAUCAUUUGGUGUUAUUCAUUAAAGCAUGACUCCCAACCAUCCCAAUUUUGGUGUGCUGAUCACGAUUUUCAGAUUUUGUCCUGCAGUCCCGACUUUGUUCCCUGGUGUACCACUUUUGGAUUAUUAGAUGUGCUUGUGCUACACUCAGGGUUCUAAGACCCUGCAGAAAGCACUGAAAUAGCCCUCCGUAGGCUGGCCUGCUUUAUGGCGGGUCCACUUAUUUGAAUAGAGUCAGUAAUGCGAUUGCAUCACUGACCCUCCACCUUCACCCAGCUCCAACUGGUGUCCUGCUUCUCGGGAUGCCAAUUUUGGGGUCAGGCUGGGGGGCUUAAAGUAAGAAUUGUUAGAUUUUAAAGCAAAUUGCACGUUUUUUACCAAAGUAGUUGAACUGAAAUCUAUUCUGGCCUUCACUUUGAAGUCCCGACAAUUCUCACUUUAGUAAAAAAAAAUUAAAACUGACUGUCUAAUUUUAAUUUAUAAUUAUUAUUAUUAUUGCCAUUUAUAUAGUGCCAACAGAUUCCGUAGUGCUUUACAAUAUUAUUAGAGGGGUAUUUACCCAUAAAUAGGACAAUUACAAGAAAACUUACGGGAACAAUAGGUUGAAGAGGACCCUGCUCAAACAAGCUUACAGUCUGUAGGAUACACUUACACCACUACAUAUUAAAUAAAAAUAUAUACGCAAACACAUACUUAAGUGUUUUUCUUAAGCUUUAGAAUGUACACCCAGAGAGGAUGUACUUUCUAGGAAAACAUUUCUACUAUCUCACAUGUUAUGAGAUGGCUUCUUCUUACUUCCUGUUUGCAGAGUGUUAAAGUACUAAAAGUGGAAUCGGGAAUGUGAGCUGGGCUGAUGUUGCCUGUUGAUUAGCAUGGUUUCUUUUCAAAGAACUGGUUAUAAUUAAAUGUGACCUGUUUGCUAUUAACCAGGGACUAUCCCACUUUUUAUUUAUUUUAAGUGGUAUCAGAUAUUAUAAAUUGUCCAUAUUAGAAUUUAUAACCCAUAUACUUCGAUCCUUUAGUGUAACACUCAUUGCCAUAGAAACUCUAACCUUUAUAAAGAUGGCUUUACGAAUUAUCAGGCACUAAUGAACAUAGGGAUAGAUCACUGAGGGUCUCAGAGAUGCAGGAUUCAGUCAUAGGAAUUUAGAGUUUUUCUUGACUCUCUCCCAUUAAGGGAGUGGGAAGUAUUAAAAGCCACUGAUCUCUUCUUCCUUCAAACCUAUGGUAAAAAUUUAAAUUUUCAUUACACCCACCCUGAUGUAGUUGGCAUAAAGUAUUAUAGCCACCAUUGUAUCCAGUAUAAAGAACCAGGUUUUUUUACAAUUUUUUUUUAUUUAUUUUUUUAUUAUUAUUAAGGGGAACAUGUUAUCGUUAAUGUAUUGCCUAGUUACUAAUGCCAUCUGAUAUGUACCAUCUGCCUCUCAGCACCUUACAUUUUUUUUCUGGCCUCAUUGCAGUGUAGCAUAGUAGUUUUUCUACUUGGCUGACUGCCCUGCACAGCUUGGUACACAGGAACAUCCUUAGAUAACCCUCCUCAGCAGGAAAACCCAUGCUGUAGUGUUAGAUAACAAACAAUGGACUUUUGUAAUGAUGCUCAGAAACAUUCUAUUAUGUGUCUGUUGCUCAUUGUGUCUUGCAGUGUUAAGACCGGUAUAACCACCUCUUUCAUCAUUGGUAGGUAAGAAAGACUUGAUUUCUUUCACUUGUACAGUGGCAUGUAUGUUGUACCUUUUGGAUUCAAAGCCACAUUUACCCACUUCAUGAAAUCAUAGAUUUAACUGGCUAAGGUAUAGAAAUCAGGUGGGAGAGCACUGGAUUGAUUGUUUUUUACCCCACCUCCUAUAGACUGUAAGCCCGUUUGAGCAGGGCCCUCUUCAACCUAUCAUUUAUCUAAGUUUUCUUGUAAUUGUCCUAUUUAUAGUUAAAUCCCCCAUCUAAUAAUAUUGUAAAGCGCUACGGAAUCUGUUGGCGCUAUAUAAAUAGUGAUAAUGAUGAUGAUAAUUGUAAGUUAUUCCUGAGUUGUCUUUCUGUUUCUUUGGCUUUAAGUGCUAAUGUUUCUUAAUAUUUGUAAAAUGAGAUUUAAAAAAAAAAAAAUGUGCUUGGCUUUUUUUCUUCUUCUACAAUAUUAAAUAACUAAGAAGAUAAAUUAAUGCAUUUUUAUCUAUCCACCUAAUCUGACUCCCCUUUUAGGAAGCUGAAAAUAUUUGCAUAGUUUGAAUAUCAGAAUGAUGAUAGUGUGAUAAUCAGGUAGCUGAUAUCUUAUUAUGGGUUUUUUAGAUCGGUAUUAGUGUUUGUGUGUGUGUGUGUGUGUGUGUGUGUGUGUGUGUUUUCUUUGUUUAUUUUUGUUUACCUGUCUUUCCCAGCAGUGAUUAGCCUAAUGGAUUUUCCCCUGGCUGCAACAGGAUAUCCUGUGGUGUGCGCAGUACUCUGCCAGUGAAAGUUUUAAAACUUUUGUUUUUUGCUUGGUCUUUUUUUUUUUCUCACUUUUUUUUUUCCCAUUUAUUUAUUUUUAUAAAUAUAAUCAAUGUACAUAAAAUGACAAACCUAUACGAAGCAGACAAACAUUUUGAACAUUUAUACAAUGCUAGUAUUGUUAAAAUAAAGCGAUGAACUGGAGUUUGGUCGUAUUUCUGUAUAUUCUGAUUGAAUUCGUAACAAAAUCUGUUGAAGAUUUCUAUAGCAGAUCUAGUGAACUAGUUUUAAAAUAUAUUCCCUUCUUAACACUAGUAAUGUAUUUCUUAAAAGAAGCAUUUUGACAUGCGUAGAUUAUGUUGUAGUUGAAUUGACAGCAAAAUGUGUCUUUUCCCCCAGAUCUUUAGUUCCCUGCACUAUCUAGCCAUUUAACUAUUUGUCACAUUGUUCCCAUAUUUCCAUUAUUUCCCAUAAUAAUUUUAUUCUCGUUUAAUAGAAGCUAUUCUGAUAGUAGAGAAGAGAGCGGCAUGCUGUACCUUUGAUAAUGACAUACAGUAACCUGUUCAUGAUUAUUAUUGUUACUGUUACUUAUACAUUGUGAAUGUAUUGUGCAGCACUCUACAAUGCUUUUAUUUUUGGCUGGUUAUAUUAAAAAUUAGCUGGCUGAACAAUAAGAAACGCGCUUGGAUCGUGGGUUUCUGAUUCCAAAUUCUCAUUAGAAACAUGAAGUCAUCAGUAUUGCAUACUUUACUCACUUUGUUUCUAUUUUGUAUUAAAACCUAUGAUUGUAACAGUGGAUUUUUUUUUUUCUUUUCUUUGAGUGUGUUCAGAGAAGCUGUCAAGCCUUUAACUGUGAAUCAUACAAGCAGAACCAUGGCUUUGUGAAUCAUACAGGCACAACUAUGGGUCUGUAUAUAUGAAAUGACGAAAGUCACUGAAAAAAGAUGACAAAAAUUGGGUGAUGAAAGUCUAUAGAGGAAUCAAGGCACAAAAGGGGUAAAUAUGGAUAAUGAUCGUACACAGGCUGUGUCAUUGGAAUGGUUAAAGGGGCAGUCGGGCACCCAGACCACUUUAUCUCAUUGAAGGGGUUUGGGUGCAGUGCCACUGUACACUUAACCAUGUAAUUUAAUUUACUGCAGUAUCAAACAGACAGCCACUAGAGGUGCUUCCUGCUCCCUAACAGAGUUUAACUCUGUUGGAUAUGUCCUCACGCUAUUCAUGUAGAUGUGUGUGUGCAGUGCGCUCCACACAUGCGCAUUAGGUUCACCGAUUGCAGUAAUGUUGCAGUAGAAUCAUUGGUUUUGGAUCAGGUACACUAGGGAGUUACAAAUGUACAAGCAUAUUUGAUACCAAAUGCUGUGCAGGAGACUGAAUUGAAAACAGCAAAAAGGUUAGAGGGGUACUACUACUACAGAGUGGAUUGACUUUUUAUUACUUACUUACUUUUAUUUUUUGUGUAUUGUGACGGACCGCCUGGUACCCCAACUGGGUGUCCCCGCCAAUCGCUGCUUCCUAGUAGCCUGGAGUACUACAAGCACCGCACCAGAAACCAUAAGCACCGUAGCCCCUUAGCCACCAUAGCUUGGCUGGGGUCUUGCUGUCCUUCACCCACCCAAGCCCAGGAUCCAGCUUCCAGUAGGUGGACCUCUCCUACUCCAGAGAGUCUAGCAGAGCUAGUCAUUAUAACCAGGAUAGCAAUCCAAAGCCGGUAUAGCUGGUAUAACUGUUCCCUACAAUCACGAGGCUGCGUGUUGAGGUUGAAGUGAACUGACUCUAAUGGGACCACACUUGGCCUUUUAUGACAGUCCCCAUGCAAGGGGCACUCCCCCCUGGCCCUGAGAGUAAACCACAGUAGAAACAAAUACACAAUCACAUUUGAUCUUAGAUCCAGGACACUUCCAUACAAGCUAGGUCAUUUAAAUGGGCAUAUUACAACUAGGUCAUUUAAAUGGGCAUAUUACAAACCACAGUCUAUUUUAUUUUUAUUUUUUAAUUCUUUAUUUUUCAUGCAUUCAAUAAACAAGUGAGCUUGUACUGCCACAACAGCUGGUACAAACUGGGCAUCAAACAUAGUAUGACAUUUAUGUGGGCAUUUAAGUGAGUACAGUGCACAUUUUAUGAAUAAGAGUAGGCUGUGUUAGUCUAAGGUCACCGAUCUAAAAAAAAUAAAUAAAUGGGGUGUUGGAGGGGAGAUGUCUCUCUCUAGGCACAUAUAGAAUAAUAUUGUACACCAGCAUAACAAAGGAGUGGGACACCUAACCGUCUUAACUGCUGUGUAUAAUCUGGAGAGGGAAGGUGGUAAUUCUCAUCCUACGUGAGAUGGGCUAGCCUUAGUUCUGGUAGUCAAAUGAAGUAAAGUGUUCUUUUCGUGUUUUAGGAUACCGAUUUUUAAUUAAGCAUUGUAGCCCCAUCUUCUAUUGUGUUGUUCAUGGUAAGGGUAGAGUUGUCAAUACGCACAUGCGUGAUAAGCACGUCUGUGCUUUUAAGUGGUCUUAGCUUGUUGGUUAGAAGCAUAGGGUUCUUUAUGUGUUCCAGACGUUGAGUCUUUUGGUUAAAGGCACUCCAGGAGAGCGAAGCAGGGUUUAAUGCUGCUAAUAUUUUUAAUAUUGUUGGAUAUGUUUUGUUUUUGUUUUGUUUUUUAUUGAUUUAAUAUUUUUGGAACUUUUAAAAGUAUUUGAUGUUAUGACAUUUUUUUUAAUUUUGAUUUAUUUUUUUAAAUUUUCUAAAAAUAUAUUUUAAAAUGUUUUAAAAAAAAAUCAUUUUAAAUGUUUAUCCAAAAAUAUUAAAUAAUUUGGAAAGCUUAUCCAACCAUAUAAAACUGAAGUCCAUAUCUGUUUUAGCUCAUUGCAGUGAUGUGUCUGCGGACUUUGGGUGCCAGACAGAGCCCUGUUAAUUGUCAAAUUGUACACAAAUAUUCAUGCCCAUAGUCAUGCCACCAUAACCACUAAAAUGAGCUGUAGUGCAUAGUUUUUAAAGUAUACCUUUCAUAAGCAUAGAAAAAAAAAACACAUCACAUUAUAUUAAAUUAGUUUUACUAAAAUACUUAUCUUGUGAAAAUACAUUAUCAUAUGUCAUUGUCAUCAGUUUAGCAUUAUCUUUUAGUUGAGACUGCAGGCCUUCUAUUCUGUAAGUUAAAUUUAUCACUACAUUCACAUUUAAUUUUUGCUUAUGUGACUUUUUUUUUUUUUUUUUUUUAUGUUUAUGUAUAUGAAGGGAUUGAUUGUGGUGUGGUAGGGAAAAUCAAACCAUAACACAGACUAUUUCUUUCUUACACUCCUAGCAUUAUCUAAAAUUUGUUUACAUGAUUAAUAUACAACAUAUGCAAUUCUGCAAUCUCCUUUACAGGAGUUUUAUCCCAUACAGUAUUACCUAAUGUAUCUUUUUAAACUAAUUUCACAAUAUUACCGCUGCACAGAAAUAUAGCACAAAUAUCAGACAUAUGUUACAUGCAGGAGCAUUAGAAGCGAUGGCCUUAACAGUGAUUGAUCGCCCCCAGCCCCCUCAAAAGAAGAAAAGAAAAAACAGGUAAUUAGGCAAAAGAUAUUUAUCAUUUUAAUAAAAGUUAAGAAUAGUAGAAGAAGUGUGAAUGAUGAACCUCAGAGAGAGAAACAUGAAUAUAAGAAAAGAGAGAACUGGAGAGCAAGAAAGGAUGAGGAAAAAAACUAAUAGGGGAGCCUGAACUGGGAAUGUUGGAGGGGAAGAGGAGAUUAGAUGGUUAUCUUAUCAGAUGUUCCUAGACAAGUAGACAUGCCAAAGGUGUCCCAUUUUUUUAAUAGAACUCUAGGCACCCCUGAGCUUAACUGUCAAUUCCUCCAUACUGAAGUAGUCCACCUUCCGAAAGAGUGGUUAGAGGCAGGGUAGCUGCGAAUCCCAAUUUUUCACAAAAUGUAUGCAGGCACCAGUACAGACCAUAUGUUAAUGUUUAAGAGCGUUAUUUGAGUGUUUGUGACUAGAAGGUUUGUGUUCCAGGCAAUUUAUUAGAUUAUGUGCCCUCCUCCCCCAUGGAGUCCCAGCUCUCAGCUGUUGAUAGGAAAAAGCCUUAAAGGUAUCUUAUCAUAUAUACACAGUAGAUUUGUAUACAAAUACUGCCAAUCUUAUCAGCCAAGAAUUUAAAGGGGAAGAUAGCGGUGCGACUGUAUCUGAAAACGUCUAGUCGGGGGCAGGGCCAGCCUUUGGGUUGUGCUAGUUCUGUGGCUGCACAGGGAGCCAUGGCAAUAGGCGCGCCAUGUGGCUGUCACACCUCACAACAGUAAUGGCCAUUUUGUGGCACCCUGGCAGUGGGGUCACAGCAUCCCAGGAUACUGCCGCCCCCAAUGAAAAGUGCAAUUAAAUGUAUAUUUAAUAUAUUGCCGGGUAGGCAAUGUACUACAUAAAAAUGAUUCCCUGGUGGUCCGGUGGUGAUAUUUCACACUUUACCCCCUGCUGAUGCAGACCUAAUAAUGUCCCUCAAUGGCGCUCAGUUAGUAAGUCAGAGCACAGCUGAAGGGAUUCGCUGCCUGUGCUCUGACUCAACACUGAGCACCAGAGAAGUCCUUAUGGAGUUUACCAGCAGGGGGCGCAGAGCGGGCAUUCUGCCAGUUUGCUCCUUUUGGAAGGGAUCAGAGUCAGUCUCUCCAGAUCUCCUGCCCCUUGGAACAGAGCAGCACCUGCUUGCUGUUCCUUCACCACCAUGAAUGGUGAGCAAAAAUGUUAUACAUAAUGCUCAUAUCCAUAUCAUACCCACCCAGUUAAAUACCACCCACAUUAUCAUAAUACCCUCCAUGCCAUAUAACCUCCAAUCCCCACUUCAUCAUAAUACUCGCCCUGCCAUAUAACCCCAAUCCCCACUUUAUCAUAAUACCCUCCCUGUCAUAAAUCCAAAAUGUGGUCAUAAUACCGACACUGGCAUAUAUACCACAUGUCCUAUAACACCCACGCUGCCAUAUACAACCCCACCUUGUCAUAAUACAAACCCUGACAUACACCCCCACCUUGAAAUAAUACCCUCUCUGUCAUAUAACACACAACCCCAUUAUACUCACACCCUGCCAUUUAAGACCCAAACUCACCACUUCGACUGCAUUCACCUCCUUCAAUCCACUAUGUGCUAUGGAACACUCUGUCAUACCCACCACACUGUCACACCCUGACAUCUACCCUUCUCUUAGUAAUACUCAUCCACUUACAUAUACCUUCUCCUCGUCACGUUCACUCAUGCAAUAUCACACACAAAGUCCCAUACCCCUAUCUACUCCAACCCACCCAGGCACAUACAACUUUUUGCCCAUAGUUACAUAAACACAUUACCCACAGGCUCACUUUCACAGCUUACAUCUGCAGUCUCACACACAUUACAAAUGCAUAUGCUGUCACAAACCCACAGUUUCACACAAGAGACAAGGGCAGAGAGAUAGUGGGAGGCAGGAGGUUAAACAUGUUUCAUGGACUACAUAGGAAUUUGUGGACUACAUUCACAUGACAUUCAAGCCAUCUCUAAGCCCAGUUUAGCAUUAUCUAAAUUUGUCCAUAAACCGUUAAAUUGUUAUGCUUAAUUAUCAUAUGUUAUGCCCCUGCAUUCAAAUACCACACCUACACACAAUUCCUCCAUGCGUUCAAAUGCCAACACUACACGCACUUAUUUUACACAAUAAUUUGAAUCUCUUUGUUUUGAGGUUAAUAAGAAUGUGAGGUAUUGGAUGAGGGAAGUACUCAGGGAGGGUUGUGACCAUGGAGGGGAUAUGUGCCUGGUCAUGGGCCAAAAUAAAAACCAAAUGAAGAAACCACUUCAGUGAGUGGUCCUCUUUCAUUUUAUAAAAUACUCUGCACAGGUCUAAAAUUGGCAUGAAUGAGACAUAUAUUCAAGUCUAUCAAGGCUCAAGUCCUUUUUUACUCUUGAGUUGAAGUAAAUGUAACCGUUUUCAUCAAAGCUGGUAAUGUGAAUUCACAUUGUGUAUUAUAUGGGAUAAAGAAACACCACUUCAUUGAGCACAUUUUUAGGUUCUUUCAUAAAUGUGUGUUUUGGGGUUGUUGUUUUUUGUUGUGUGUGUGUGUGUGUGUGUUUGUUUUUUUGUUUUUUUAUAUGAGCCUUUGCUGUAUCUUUGAAACUUGCUCAUAAUAAUUCUGUGUUGGUCUGGUGGUGUAAUCCCAGAGGCAUUUACAUCGAAGUUUCUUUAUUAAACAGAAUACAGUAGGUAUAUUAAAAAAAUCAUGAAAUCAUGCAAUUUGACAGCUCCUGGCGGGUUCGCAAAUCUAACAUGUACUUUCUCAUGCUCUGUUUGGCUUCCUUCCCCUUGUAGACAUAUAAAGUAUCUUUUACCUUGUGAUUGAUGAGCUUUGAGGGACAGAACAGCAAGGUGUAAAUGCAUCCACUGCACAGUUUGAAUUUGUGUACAAAUUUUUAAUUGCUGGAAAGAUAUCAACUCAAUGUUUUUUAUUUUUUUAGUUUUGUCACUCAUCUUGUGAUUUCACUUUUAAAUUGAGGAACAUUUUAAACCUCCUGAUGUGAAAGCUGAAUAUAUAAUUUAAUGCAGUAUUGUAUAGUGGAUGAUACAUUUCUGGUAUAAAAAUCAUUUAUUUAUUUUUAAUCCAUUUUUUGAAUAAUUAAAAAUAUACGUUUGAAUUUUGAUGUACUACAAUGGGGUAGGAUAAUAGAUUUAGAAACCGAUCCGUAUUUAGUAAAUUUUUAAUAAAUACUAUUUAUUUAUUUUUGGUUCAUAUCUAUCGCACUGUUUAGGGAUAAACAACAGCUCAGCGUCUGUAUACAAACAAAAAGAUUUUCUGACUUUUCCCGCGUAUAUCAUGAGUGUACAAUUGCAAUAGAAAAAUGUCACAACCUUUUUCUACUGGCAACACUGUCAGAGCUAUUAUCAUUGUCCUUAUUAAUUAAAAUCAGUUUUAAAGAGUACUCCAAUCAUCUUGACCACUUUAGUGAUUUGAGUUAAAGCCCAAUACUGUUGAUGGUGUAGUUCCAUAUUUUGGUUGAAGUAACACUCCAGGCUUCAUUGUUUAAUCAUGUUCAAUCAAAAUUUUAGGGUUAAUUCUCCCAAGAUAUGAAAUCUGUACAUGUUUCUUUAUCAUUUGCAUGGAUCUUUUGUUUCAAGGAGAUCCAUAUCAUUGGCAAUGGAUCUCCUUGAAACAAGUAACAAUCUAAUUGGUUAUUCAUUGGUUGAGACCAUCACCAGAAUGGUCCCAACCAGUAAAUGACCUUCUGAGUACAGUAAUAUGCACAUAAUUGACGUCUACCAACCUGGAACUCUUGUGCCCUAAUGAUGCCGUGCGGUAUAGUUACACUUCCGGCAACAAAGGGGUUAAACUCUAUAUGUCUGUGUGUAGAAUUUGUAUAUCACGAUGCAACACUGCACAUACAGACUCCAAGUACCAUGACCUCUGAAUCACUGAAGUACAUUUUUACAUAUUGGUUAUAGUGUAUAAUGUUGUUUUUAAUUUUUUUUUAUUAUUCUGAAUGGGGGGCUACUGAUUGGCUUAGAGUGUCAGCUGACUGCUAGCCAAUCAGUGGUGCCAUUGCUAUAAAUUUGUGUGUGUAUAUAUAAUCUGUACUGUACUGCUUUUAACACCCUAGGAAAACUAUAACCUGUGUGUUAUGAUUUUGCAAAGGUGUUAUAAGCAAUACAGUACAGCCUCCACUGACCUGUGUUGAAUUCAAUAAACAUAUUAUGACUGGAUACUCAUUCGAACAGAACUGGACUCCCAUUUAUUAUUUUUGCAAAAGUGCCUUGUUUAGUCAGUGCUUGCUCCAUUUCAAAUGAGCAGGAGGCCAAGAUUGGCCAAGAUAUAUCAACCACUUCCUGUUUUAAGUAAGGAAGGUUGAAUCCAAUUAGAUUUUCUCCUUAGGUUAUAUUUUAUUUGUUUAAUGUUUUCUUUUUAAUGCUUUAUGUAUGCAAUGAAGAGAAAAUAGAAGCAUCCUACAAUUAAAUUUUUCUAACUAAGGGCUAAAAUAGCCGUUCCCUGUCUUGUAUAGGCUGUAUGUAUGACCAUCAUCUAACCUUAUUAGGUAUUUUAUCCAAUCCUUAUCCUGAUACUCAGAUUUUUCUUAGUAGUUCACAGCAAUUGCUUGACUAAUCAUUACUUUAUAUGCAAGAGUUGCCUACUUUAUUUAAUUAAGAGGCUAUACUAUGUACAAUGGGUCACUGCAUAUCCUCAGGCAUUUUGAAUGGGAAAUAAUGCAGUGUAUUCAAUUAUACAUCAACAAGCUACAGUAUGUAGAAUAUAGUAGCCAGAUAUAAUAUAUAUAUAUAUAUAUAUAUAGCCCAUUACAUAUGAUUUAAAGAGAAGCUCAGAAGCACAAAAACAACUUUAGCUUGAUAAAGCCAUUUUAGUGAGUAUAUUAUGACCCUGCACUAGUCUGUUAUGUCUUUUAGGAUUUAAGGCGGCUCUGUCAUCUUCCGGUAUCUCUGAGUGGUGCAGGGAAAGACGAGUUGUACUUAUUUGAAACCUUACAGCUACGGCUAUCCUCUACCACGGUAUCCUCUUCAUUUCAUCAUUUCAACACUGAUGUUAAUGCAUGAUCUUGCAAGGUGGUAGGAAACCAUAUAGAGAGCUUUUUAAAAAAAAAAGUUUUCAUGGCUGAGAACUUGACAGUGGUAGCUUCACCUUUUUUUUUUAUCAAGUGCAGGGAAAGAAUAUAAGACAAAGUAGUCCCUACUGACUGUCAAUGUGAGUAUUUCAUUAAGAUUUUAUUGUUAUGAAAUACUACAUUUUUUGAGGUGUGGUAUGACAAAUCUGCUUUAAAUCACUCUAUUUAUUGUUUUCACCUCCUCUGGCUGAGACUCGGACAGCCACUCUCCAGACUUCCUAAAAAAGAGAUCACAUUUUUAAACUUCCUUUUGAAUUCAAAGCAGUAGAUAAUAAAUUCUUAAUUAAACACACUGCUGUAAAACAUUUUCUUCCCCCAUACGGGUAGGGCUGGAAAGUGAUUUUAAUGAAUUUACUCAAGGCAAAAAGCACCAGUGUGUGUGUAUGGAAGUCUUUUGAGGUCAAAGCUUAUGUGUGUGACAAUCUAUGUGUCUAAGUUGUGUAAUCAACUAAAUUGUAACAUUUCAGGAAACUCAGAUGAGUAGGUUGAGAUUUGCCUGUAAACUAAAUACAGAAUUUAAAGUAAACUAAAGUAAAAUGUAAAGUACUUCGAAUUAUGGUCCUCUGAGGAGCAAAAUGUUGCCAGUUAUUUUUGGUGGUGCAUAAAUGGGUAAUUUGCAUCUAAAGCCAUAAGGAUUUGAUUAACUAUAUGUGAGAAUUUGCGGAUAUAUUAUCCUAAGUCAUUGGGUGCCGUGCUAUAUGAUUUUUUUGUUUUGUUAAACAACCAUUGACCAAGUAUGCAAAUGUAUAAAAUACACAACCUAAAAUAAAAUACAAAGAGAGGGACCAAGUAUACUCCUUUGUUAAAGGACAAUCCGAGCACCAUAAUUACUGCAGCGUACUGUAGUAAUUUUGGUGCCCUGAACAUCAAAAUCAGGACUGUCUUACCAAGAAGAGGAAUGUUGAGAUGCAUGUUUUCAAUCUACUAAAUAGUAUAAAGUAUGUACCAGAAAUGUUAUUCUGUAUAAUUUAAACCUUAUUAUUUGAUGCCUUUUGACAUUUCAACAAUGUAUUUAUAUUGGUUUCUUGUUACAGAGAACAUCUCUAAAAGCAGCACUGGAAAUCUCAUUGUCAAAUAA